AAGUAGAAUUGUUACAGCCAGCCCCAAAAUAAACUGCUUUACUACAUGACCGCCUAGCUGUGUCCAAACAUAGUUACUAACUCUGCCCCUUGUACACAUACUCUGUGAUCUCACACGCACAUACAUAGCGAGAUCAGAAUUAGAAUCUUACAAACACAGACACAGACACACAAAAAAAGGCAUUCACACACUGAUAAGCUAUCGCCUGCUUGUUCAAACACGUAGUAGGGAAACAGAUCACUGGAAGCAAAUUUAAGAGAAUGGAAAAAGUUUGCAGGACUUUUUCACACUCAGCUAUACACUUUUGCACUAGGAAAUGCCAGCGCUAUCAACAAACUCUAUGCCAGCACUGAUUCCCAUGGCAAUAGCACCCAAACACACACGGCUCACACUGGCACAUCAUUCACAAACAGCUUUGGGUGUCUCUCCGCAAAUUCACCUUAUAUUCAGCAGGAACAGGGAUCUGCUUUAAUUACACACAAACAUAACGUACAGCACUAGUUAGAACAUAAUUACCUACAAAACAAUAUUCAGCUACGAUAAGGGCUGGCAAGAGAAGGUCCAAAGUCUGUGCGUCUUGGAAGAAGUGUCCCAUCCAGAGAGCUAGGAAGAAGGGAGCACCAUGGCAAUUAAAGGGAGAGGAACCCUGCAACAAAGAGCAAAUUUGGACAUAUGCCUCCUUGCGAAAUCAAAGAUCCUACAGAGAUUUUUAAUAUUUCUGACUGGAAUGGCGAUCCUGGGGAUGCUGCUCACCUACAAGGUCGUGGUGUUUAACCGAUCGCCACAGGAAACUCCCGAAGACUAUGACAGGUAAGAUAGCGUGUGUGAAUACAGUGUAACAAUCCAAUUCAGCUAGACAGUAACUGUUCACAAAGACCUGUUGUCUUCAGUUAAAUGCAUUUUUCAGCUGCAGCUUCCUCCUCUGGCAAGCCACCCGGAGUCUCCAUUCAGUGAGAUAUGAUCGAUAUCAUCUCUCCGCAGCAGGACAAUUUAGGAAACUUAGUCACAGACAUUUUUUUUAUGGAGUAACGUUUUCCCAAUAAUGAGGGUCAGAACACAAAGAGGAAAUGUUUUGCUGGGAAAAUUAUUAUUAUAAAAAACAAAAACAAAAACAUUCUAUUGUAUUCAGCUGCAAAGAAAUAAAUGUUAGUAAACGGUCAGCUUAAAAUAACACAGCAGAUGGAUUCUUGUUUCAAUACACGUGUGAAGGCUAGAUUUGGGGGGAUAGCUCUGCUAUACAAACUGUUAGAAUCUUGAGUUCUCUUACAUUGUGUCUGCAUCGCCGAACUAUCCAGGCUGCUCCAAACUCAGCUUUCCAAGUUUAAAAAUUCAGUUUCUCUCUUUUUUUCCCACUAAACAAAAGUAAAUGUAUUUUUCCAUUAAGCCCUUGUCUGAUUUCACUUUAUUUCGUAUAAAUAUACUUCGCUGUAUUAAAGAGAACUUAAAGGGACACUAUAGUCACCCAGACCACUUCAGCGCAAUGAAAUGGUCUCGGUGCCAGGUCCCUCAGGUUUUAACCCUUCACAUGUAAACAUUGUUUCAUUGCAGGGUUAAUCCAGCCUCUAGUGGCUGUCUUCCAACGUGCAAAACGUCUAUAGGAAAGCAUUGCGCAUUGCCACGCAUGCGCAUUCCGCUCCACUCAAGAGCUGAUGUCAGCAGGGGAGGAGAGGUCACCAUUAAGGGGAUUAAGGGGUUUUAACCCUUUCAACGCCACGGGAGGGGGACCCUGAGGAAUUUCUCUUGAAUUCGGCUUCUGGGGACACUACUGCGGGGUCGUCCCCUAAGCACAUUGAUAAAUACAAACACGUUAUGCAAGACCAACACCAAGCAGUGACAGCACUUACACAGUGUCCUACGCAUGCGCAGACCUGGCUCGUGCUUUGCUCUCUCCUGUCCCAAUUAAUAAGCAACAUAUGCUUACCAUGACUGCUGAGCGGUAUAUUACAACUUUCAUAUGUUCUAUAUUUAAUCACUAAACCGUGAGUUUUGGUUAUACUUAAUUUAUAAAACAUUGAGGUGAAAAUUGAAGAACUACAACGAAAUAUCUGCUGCGGAGCUGGGUUAUUUUGACCUCAUUUUUGUAAAUUAAUGUCAUUCUCACCACAACUUCCUGUUUAGUAAAUAAACUGCAUAUAAUCUCUGACAACAUGUGCUGAAGCUGUUCCACCAACUACAUCAACCAAGAGCAGCGUAAUUAAAGGUCCAAUGGCAGGGGUGUGAUAAAGACAAUGUAUUCCGUGUACACCCUGCUUGUAGUGGACGGCCCAUGCUGGCACUUUAUAAAUGAAACAAAGUCAAAAUACACACAGAUUGGGAGAUAUGCAAAGUAUACAGUGAGGGAGCAAAUCUUUGGUCUGGUACUGAAUGUUAGAAUGGUUCCAGAGUAAAAUGCUUCAUGUAAACCAACAGAAGCUGAUAACCUCUGAAAACAGGUUAUCACGGUAUCCAUUUUUUGACAGCACUAUGCAGACGCUUUUGUAAAACAAUCAGAACAUAAAAUACAGUAUUUGGAACAUUACAGGGCCAUGUGUUUGUAGCUAGCCUUACGUGAUAAGGGGCCAUCCACUGCUCAAAUAAAAUUAAUAAAAUCAACGUUUAGUAGAUAUACCCCUAAUGAAAAUGUGUAUUUAUUUAAUUAUACAUUUUUCAUUUGGGGCAUAUCUAAAAACAGCUUCCAAAAGCUGCAUGUCCACAGCCUCUGUAAGCCCUCCCCUUCUAAGCCCGCCCAGACCAUCUGUUGCUGUCCAAUCACAGACUUCCCAAUGCAGUUCAAUGAGAAGUCUUUGCAAGGCAGGUGCUCUGGGCAAUUGCUGCCUCUUUAUUUUGUAUUCGCUGAGCUAAACAAACCAGGAAGUAACAGGAGUGAUUGAAUGUCUGAUAGCAAGGGGGUGUAAAAAGGUUAAUAUAUAAAAAAAAUCAGUUUUUAUUGAAAUCUGCACUUUUUCUAAAGUGAAAAAAAGAGGACACGCUCUUCACACAUAACGCUUUUUAGCAAGCUGAGGUACUUUAGGGGUCUGUAGUGUUCCUGUAAUGUAUAACCAUUGUUAAUUAUAGUAAUUAAAAAAAUGUAAUUACUCAUUAUUUUGUGUUUUUUGUGAUUUAACACAUUAACAUGUUUCAUGCUAUGUCAGCGUAGAGUACACAAUCAGGAGUAUUCAUGAGAAUAAUUGGCUUUUCACUGUGAACUUCAAACUUGAGUUAGCUGUACCAUAAACACUGAGAACGUGUAUCAUUUUUCAUUGUGAUACAUUUAUCAUUUAUCAUUGUUGUACUUUGAUAAAUAACACUAUCAGUUUUAGCAAAACCAGAUUAUCCUAUAAUCGUACAUCUCAACACAUGGAAAACCAAGUAAUCAAACAAACACUGGAGACACAGGUAUUCCAUGCCUACAUUCUUCUUCAAUGACAGAAACUACUUUAAAAACAGGCAUAUCGGUAUCUUCCGAGAUAUAAACUAUUGUAUCAUGGCUAAAUCUCUAACAAAAUACUUAAAAAUAAACGUUCCCUACAUUUCUCCUAAAACACGGGUACAUAGUGCUGUAUGUGAGGGCUAUCAUGGACAUGAAGAGACUGCUUUGCUAGUCCAGACCUGCGUCUUGCUUAAAGCAGUUUUAAUAUUUAGUAGAAUGUACUUUCCAUGUUAGUAUAUCAAUCCAGCUCAUUUUUGUCAUACAAUCUCAAACACACUGCGUUUUUUUAUUUCUCGUACAGAACCUUCUCUGUGCCAUUCUCAGAUCUUUUCAUGUUUAUCAGUCCCCCAAAAGUAAACAUUUCAUUAGUAAUGGUCAGUAUUUGAAACAAAAAGGAUGUGUGAAAAGCUGAAACCAUACAUAGAGAGAUUUACCUAUUAUUAAAUAUCUGAUGAGAUUAAUCUAACAGCAGGUUUCUACAUAAUGCUAAUCUGUACUAGGAAUGACUCCUCAAAAUGAAAAAUACCCACAUAUUUUCUUUGAGUCGUACCCUGCCUAUCACAUAUCAUGCACAAUAUUUCAUUAACUUCCUCUUCAUAAUUGCACCAGACAGAUAUUUUGGGCUGGAGAUGAUCCACACCAUUUCUGACAAGGGCACGUUUUUUAACGCAAGGCUGCAGAGACAGCAUCUGUUAUUACAAAUGACUUUGCUAUAAUGACCGCCGUGCUGUCCCUUUAAAAUUUAACAACUGACACCACAAUCCAGUUACGCCGUGGCUCACGCUGCUUUGGGGGAGGAGAAAUUGAAACAUGCUGUAUUCCAUAACAAGGAUAACAAAAAAGAAAUGACGUCCACAUUUGUCGAAAAUUUAUAUAAUUAACUUCAAAAGCAGUAAUAACCGCACGAUGGGCUGGCUGUGGGCAUCUGGGGGACCCUUGGUUUGUGUGUAACUCUAUGAAAACGGUGUUGCAGAGGGCCAGGGUAUUCUGGCAUCAAAAUCACUGUAACUUUUUAUAACUUUUAAACUUUCUUUAUUUCUGUAUUUUGCAAGACAAGAUGCUCAUGGAGAUAGGCACAUAAAUCAAUGUAUAACAGAAAGGAACAAAGUCCAAUAAGAACUAACGAAGAAGAAUAGAUUAGAGUUUGAGAGCAACAUAAUAUUUAAUAGGGUUAAAAGAUCACUAUAGUGUCAGGAAAACAUAACGGUGCCCCCACCCUCAGGGUCCCCCUCCCGUGGCACUGAAUGGGUUAAAACUCCUUCAGCAGCUUACCUUAUUUCAACGCCGGGCUCCCACGCCGACGUCAGCGGAGCCGCAAGUGCCGCGCGCAUUCAAAGUGUCCAUAGGAAAGCAUUUUUCAAUGCUUUCCUAUGGACACUCUGUGCGAUGGAGGCAUAAUAUGCCUCCAGCGUCGCAGAUGCACCUCUCGUGGCUGUCCGGAAGCCAGCCACUAGAGGUUGGCUUAACCCUAAUGUAAACAUAUCAGUUUCUCUGAAACUGCUAUGUUUGCAUCUAAAGGGUUAAAACCUCAGGGACCUGGCACCCAGACCACUUCAUUGAGCUGAAGUGGUCUGGGUGACUACAGUGUCCCUUUAAAGAACGCAAGGCGAUUCUAAGUCAUUCAAUGUGCUCACCAAGAAAGAGCCGGUGUAUCUUGUCAGGAUCAGAGAUGACGAUAAUAUGCAUACAUUUGCGAACUCUUAGUGAUAAAGCAAAAGCUUUAUUCGUGUGUGACAAUGGGCACCUACUAUGAGAAGCUGAGUCGCGCCAUUUAAUUGAUGAUUAUGCUAGCUUUAGUGUACUAAUAAUCUUAAGUUUAGUAAUGACAGGAGGCAAGUAUUUCACUAACUCCAUAGCAGCGCAGAAACAUAUAGAAAAAAGAACAAAUCACAAGAGAGUAGGAUGUACAUGAGGUGUAAUGACCGAAUCAUUUCCUCUUUCAGAAGGAAAUAAACUUCCCGUGAAGUCCACACAAACAGCCAAAAUGUUUUCAGAGACUAAAAAAUCCGAAGGAGUAAACUUACAGAGAAUUUCACACGAACAACCAAAUGUCUUCAGUGACGAAUCAUACUGAAAAGAGAAUGUGCGACAGGUUUACACACAUAGUCAUCAACAUGGAAAUCCACGUACCGUAUACAUCCCAUAGCAGUAAAUUGUAAAUUACAAUCUGAUAACUGAAUAACUAAAAUGUAAAACUCCAGUGGCAAUUCCAGAUCAAUGGAAAUACAAAACAUUAAGAGCCCAACCUACCUUAGACCAGUGAUACAUACAAAGAAAGGGUGGCCUAGCGAAGCAGGGAGGGAAAAUACUUGCCUCCUGUCAUUACUAAAAUUAAGAUUAUUAGUACACUAAAGCUAGUAUAAUCUUCAAUUUUACAACAUGAUAGGAGGCGAGUAUUUUGCAUUUUGAACUCUGAGAAAGGAAUAGAAAAUUAAUGAAGAAUCCGAAAGUGUGAUAAGAUACCUAGAACGUCGGGCUAAGGGAGAGCCACCAGAUCAAACAUAAAAGUCAUGCCCAGUCCCGUAGAAAAACGUAGAACGACCUCCACAUCCUAUAAGCCGGAGGUGGAUGACACUGGGUGGCUGGUACACAAGAGGAUCCUUGUCCAUCGGGAGUCCCCAGACCGGGACACGGGCCGUAGAACUGUCCAAAAUGGAUCAAGGUUCUGUUCCAAACAUCAAUCAGACUAAGAAUGCCCACAUGGAGAGGUAGCAUCGUAAUGUCCCUGGGGCUCAAGAGACUCCUAAAAGGUCCCCAGCAGCCUGCGAUAGUCGGCCGAUCUGCUAAGAACCCCAGAAAGAGUCAAGGCCACCAGACUCAGGCUCAAGAUAAUGAGGGGGGCACACCUACUGUCCUCUCCCCAGGCCCCCACCCCUGCGUGGUGGGUGGCGGCCCUACAUAACAAUGGGGGGGUACCUACUGUCCUCCCCCCGGCCCCCACCCCUGGGCGGCGGGUGGGGGCCAUAAAGAUAAUGAGGGAUAGGACCUACUGUCCUCCCCCAAGCCCCCACACCUGGGUGGCGGCCAUAAAGAUAAUGAGGGGGGACCUACUGUCCUCCCCCCCACCCCCACGCGGUGGGUGGAGGCCAUAAAGAUAAUGAGAGGGGGGACCUACUGUCCUACCCCCACCCCUGAGCGGUGGGUGGAGGCCAUAAAGAUAAUGAGGGGGGGACCUACUGUCCUCCCCCCCCGGGCCCCACCCCUGGGCGGCUGGUGGGGGCCAUAAGACAAAUUCCCCCCCCCUUCAUUCACCCACCCAAAUAAAAACUAUCCCCUACCUACCCCCCUCACCCUAAAAAUAGUGAGGGGGGAAUAAAAUAACUAACCUGCAAAGAAAAAUAAAACUUACCAAAAACCAGACGCUAAAAAAAACCCAAUCCAUCUUCACCCAUGGAGGGCUCUGCGCAGACUGAGCUCUGCAGGGUGGGGGAAGGCUUAUAAAGCCUUGCCCCGCCCUGCAAUGAGGCUGAGAGCACUCUGAUUGGUUGGUUUAAGCCAAUCAGAGUGCUCUGUGUCAUUUUGCACAGAGUGGGAAAGUUCUUUGGAAUUUUCCCACGCUCUGAAAUUUGACUCAUAACUCUCUGAUUGGUGGGCUUGAAAUCCAUCCAAUCAGAGUGUUAUGAGUCAAAUUACACAGUGCGGUAAAAUUCUAAAGGAUUUUUUUUAAAGUUCGACGGGUAUGAUGGUUUUUUAUUUGGCCUCUUUUGGGGCUGAAAAAUGAAGAUUUUAGAAGAAAGAAGACAUCAAAAGGUAAGUUUUAUUUUUAUUUACAGGUUAGUUAUUUUAUUCCCCCCUCACUAUUUUUAGGGUGGGGGGGGAAGGUAGAGGAUAGUUUUUAUCUUGGUGGGGGGGGGGUGACUGGGGGCCGGGGGGAGGACAGUAGGCCCCCCCCUUCAUUAUCUUUAUGGCCCCCACCUGCCGCUCAGGGGUGGGGGACAUGGGGGGAGGACAUUAGGUCAUGCCCCCAAUUGGUAUUUAGGGCCCCCACCCACCGCUCAGGGGUGGGGGCCAGGAGGGAGGACAUUAGGUUUCCCUCCACAGUUUUAAUUUAAGGCCCCCACCCACCGCUCACAGGUGGGGGCAGGGGGUAGGACAUUAGGUCCCCUCCCCAAUUUUUAUUUAGGUCCCCCCUUAUUGUAAUUUAGGGCCCCCACCCGCAGCUCAGGGCCCCCACCUGCAGCUCAGGGGUGGGGGCCAGGGGGAGGACAAUAGGUCCCCCCCCUUAUUCUAAUUUAGGGCCCCCAACCGCCGAUCAGGGGUGGGAGGACAAUAGGUCCCCCCCUUAUUGGUAUUUAGGGCCCCCAUCCGCCGCUCGGGGUUGAGGGCCAGGGGGGAGGACAAUAGGUCCCCUACCCCCUUAUUCUAAUUUAGGGCCCCCACCCACCGCUCAUGGGUGGGGGCCGGGGGGAGGACAAUAGGGAACCCUUUUUUUUAAUAAAACAUGAACCAACUUGCGGUAUAGUGAGUAGAGGCAUAAUUUACUAAUACUAAGUAAUCUUUACUUAGUAUUAGUAAAUUUGGCAAAUUAGUAGAUAGCUCCCUAAUACCAUGGGAAUUAGGGAUUUAUCUACUUAUUCAUUCCUGUCAUUACAUGACUGGCCAAGUAACUUACAUUUUAUAUGAAUGUGUGUUACUUGAUUGUUGUAAGUGUUGCAAAUGCUUACAGCUGAAUCCUGGCUAUGUUUGUAUACUUUUUAUUGAAAAUUUUAUACAAUGUAACAUUCUUCUUCUUUCACUGGGUAAGUAUAUUAGUACUUAGGCAAUACAUUGUACUUCCUUUUGCAGCCCUCUAGCCCUUUCCAGGACUUUUCUAGUGCCAUUUUAGUGCCCAAAAGUUCGGGUCCCCAUUGACUUCAAUGUGGUUCGGGGUCAAGUUCGAGUCCCGAACUUGACCUUUUUGCCGAAGUUCGGCCGAACCCAGCAAACCCGAACAUCCAGGUGUCCGCUCAAAUCUAUUUAGCAAUGGUUUCCCCCUAAUCUGGAUCCGCACUGGACUCAGAUGAUCCACUGGUAAUCCAGUGACAAGCUUCUGCAGAGCCGCAUCUGUUACCAUUCAUUGGCUGAGACUUCAUGCACAAUGACCACUUCAAAUAACCUUUUAAUAUCACGGUAUAGUACGUGGGAGGGGGCUGCGAGGUAAUGAAAUCACCCCGGUGCUUGUUGUGAUGUGGUACGUGAUUAAAUUGCUAAAAGGUUUGCUAAAGAUUAUAAAUGUGUAUAAAUUGAUAUAUUAACAUAAUUCAUUUAAAACAAAUAGGAGGUUAAUUUUCACUAUUUCACUUUAAUUUGAAGAAUUUAAAAUAUCGUGAAACAGUAAAUGUUAAGGAUGAGUUUAUUGUUAUGAUUUGGUAAAUCGUGUGCCUGGGCUUUAUUUUAGCUGACUGCUUAUAAACUGGAACCAAAGAGCUAGAGAGACAGGAAAUUCUAUUCAUUACUUCCUCUUCAAGCAGAUGUGUCAAGGGUGUGUGUGUGUGUAUUUAUAUAUAUAUAUAUAUACCCAUACAUAAAUGAGAAAAAUUUUCUAUUCAUGUUGAAACAUUAAAGGACCACUCUAGGCACCCAGACCACUUCAGCUUAAUGAAGUGGUCUGGGUGCCUGGUCCUUCUAGGGUUAACCCUUUGCGCGGCAGCAAGGAGGAGGAGUAGAGCUCCCUGCCCGGCGCUGGAGAAAGAGGUAAGUUUAACCCCUUCCAUCCCCUAGAGCCUGGCGGGAGGGGGACCCUGAGGGCGGGGGCACCCUCAGGGCACUAUAGUGCCAGGAAAACGAGUAUGUUUUCAUGGCACUAUAGUGGUCCUUUAACAGACUGUGACUUAACAAAUAGUAUGAAAAAUACACCUCCAAUUAUGUCAUUUACUAUAAAGAUUAUGCAAUGAAAAACAAUAAUAACUAAAUCUAUAAACAACGUUUAUUAUUAUCACAGAGGAUGAGUGGGGCAGCUCUGUAUUACGGCUGCUGUCAGUAUACACACAGUCUGGCGCAGAGAUUAGUUUUUGGGUAAAACGUGGUCUGUGCGCGCUUGGAAUACAGAGCUCCGGCCAAGCUGGGUGCAGCAUGCAAAACCUUACUUGGAACUCUCAUUUCUGGCUACCUGAGUGGCAGUUCCCAGAGGCAAAUUUAAAGUUGUGCUAUAUAUACAUACACACACACAGUAACACUGAAGACACCAUAACUACUUUAAUGUAUUAAACUGUAAACUGGUUAGUAGUUCGUGCCGAACGUUCUAACUAUCCUCAUUCCAGAAAGAUUUAAAGACAGAACUUUUGACAAUUUCAAAUAAUGAUAAAAAGAGGAAGUUGGGGCACAACAGGAACUUGCAUUUUUCAGCAGUGGGGCUGCCUUAGGGAACCAAACUUAUCCAAAAUACAACUAAGGAACAGCGAACACACAGAAAUAAAAUGUAAAAUUUUAUAAGGCUUCUUAAAAUCACCUGUCUCAGCAAACACAUAUUGGGAUUCAGUUGCACGAUACGGUCAUAUUGUGUUAAAGCCACUAAUUCGUCACAAUACCCCAAUAUCGAUGGGUGAUACACUAAUUCAAACGUGGGAGGUAGAGUGCUACAUAACCUUAAGUGGUGGGUGAUACACUAAUUCCAAUAUAGGAGAUAAAUAGUGCUACAUAACCUGAAGGGGUGGGUGAUACACUAAUUCCAACGUGGGAGAUAAUAGUGCUACAUACCCUGAAGGGGUGGGAGAUAAUAGUGCUACAUACCCUGAAGGGGUGGGAGAUAAUAGUGCUACAUAACCUGAAGUGGUGGGUGAUACACUAAUUCCAACGUGGGAGAUAAUAGUGCUACAUAACCUGAAGGGGUGGGUGAUACACUAAUUCCAACGUGGGAGAUAGUGGUGGGUGAUACACUAAUUCCAACGUGGGAGAUAAUAGUGCUACAUACCCUGAAGGGGUGGGAGAUAAUAGUGCUACAUAACCUGAAGGGGUGGGUGAUACACUAAUUCCAACGUGAGAGAUAAAUAGUGCUACAUAACCUGAAGGGGUGGGUGACACACUAAUUCCAACGUGGGAGAUAGUGGUGGGUGAUACACUAAUUCCAACGUGGGAGAUAAAUAGUGCUACAUAACCUGAAGGGGUGGGUGAUACACUAAUUCCAACGUGGGAGAUAAAUAGUGCUACAUAACCUGAAGUGGUGGGUGAUACACUAAUUCCAAUAUAGGAGAUAAAUAGUGCUACAUAACCUGAAGUGGUGAGUGAUACGCUAAUUCCAACGUGGGAGAUAAUAGUGCUACAUAACCUGAAGGGGUGGGUGAUACACUAAUUUCAACGUGGGAGAUAAAUAGUGCUACAUAACCUGAAGGGAUGGGUGAUACACUAAUUCCAACGUGGGAGAUAAAUAGUGCUACAUAACCUGAAGUGGUGGGUGAUACACUAAUUCCAACGUGGGAGAUAAAUAGUGCUACAUAACCUGAAGUGGUGGAUGAUACACGAAUUCCAACGUGGGAGAUAAAUAGUACUACAUACCCUGAAGGGGUGGGUGAUACACUAAUUCCAACGUGGGAGAUAAUAGUGCUACAUAACCUGAAGGGGUGGAUGAUACAUUAAUUCCAACGUGGGAGAUAAUAGUGCUACAUAACCUGAAGUGGUGCGUGAUACACUAAUUCCAAUAUAGGAGAUAAAUAGUGCUACAUAACCUGAAGGGGUGGGUGAUACACUAAUUCCAACGUGGGAGAUAAAUAGUGCUACAUACCUGGAAGUGGUGGGUGAUAAUUACUCCAACGGGAUAUAAAUAGCUACAUAACCCGAAGUGGUGGGCGAUACACCAAUUCAACGGGAGAUAAAUAGCGAAACCCAUGGUGGGUGAUACACUAAUUCCAACGUGGGAGAUAAAUAGUGCUAUAUAACCUGAAGGGGUGGGUGAUACAAUAAUUCCAAAGUGGGAGAUAAAUAGUGCUACAUAACCUGAAGGGGUGGGUGAUACACUAAUUCCAACGUGGGAGAUAAAUAGUGCUACAUAACCUGAAGGGGUGGGUGAUACACUAAUUCCAAAGUGGGAGAUAAAUAGUGCUACAUAACCUGAAGGGGUGGGUGAUACACUAAUUCCAACGUGGGAGAUAAAUAGUGCUACAUAACCUGAAGGGGUGGGUGAUACACUAAUUCCAACGUGGGAGAUAAAUAGUGCUACAUAACCUGAAGGGGUGGGUGAUACACUAAUUCCAACAUGGGAGAUAAUAGUGCUACAUAACCUGAAGGGGUGGGUGAUACACUAAUUCCAACGUGGGAGAUAAAUAGUGCUACAUAACCUGAAGGGGUGGGUGAUACACUAAUUCCAAUGUGGGGGAUAAAUAGUGCUAUAUAACCUGAAGGGGUGGGUGAUACACUAAUUCCAACGUAAGAGAUAAAUAGUGCUACCUACCCUGAAGUGGUGGGUGAUACACUAAUUCCAACGUGGGAGAUAAAUAGUGCUACAUAACCUGAAGGGGUGGGUGAUAAACGAAUUCCAACGUGGGAGAUAAAUAGUGCUACAUAACCUGAAGGGGUGGGUGAUACACGAAUUCCAACGUGGGAGAUAAAUAGUGCUACAUACCCUGAAGUGGUGGGUGAUACACUAAUUCCAACGUGGGAGAUAAAUAGUACUACAUACCCUGAAGUGGUGGGUGAUACACUAAUUCCAAUGUGGGAGAUAAAUAGUGUUACAUAACCUGAAGGGGUGGGUGAUACACUAAUUCCAAUGUGGGAGAUAAUAAUGCUACAUAACCUGAAGGGGUGGGUGAUACACUAAUUCCAAUGUGGGAGAUAAUAGUGCUACAUAACCUGAAGGGGUGGGUGAUACACUAAUUCCAAUGUGGGAGAUAAUAGUGUUACAUAACCUGAAGGGGUGGGUGAUACACUAAUUCCAAAGUGGGAGAUAAAUAGUGCUACAUAACCUGAAGUGGUGGGUGAUACACUAAUUCCAACGUGGGAGAUAAAUAGUGCUACAUAACCUGAAGGGGUGGGUGAUACACUAAUUCCAACGUGGGAGAUAAAUAGUGCUAUAUAACCUGAAGGGGUGGGUGAUACACUAAUUCCAAUGUGGGAGAUAAAUAGUGCUACAUAACCUGAAGGGGUGGGUGAUACACUAAUUCCAACGUGGGAGAUAAAUAGUGCUACAUACCCUGAAGGGGUGGGUGAUACACUAAUUCCAACGUGGGAGAUAAUAGUGCUACAUAACCUGAAGGGGUGGAUGAUACAGUAAUUCCAACGUGGGAGAUAAUAGUGCUACAUAACCUGAAGUGGUGGGUGAUACACGAAUUCCAACGUGGGAGAUAAAUAGUACUACAUACCCUGAAGUGGUGGGUGAUACACUACCCAAAUGUGGGAGAUAAUAGUGCUACAUAACCUGAAGGGUGGGUGAUACACUAAUCUAACGGGAGAUACUAGUGCCACAACCUGAAGGGGGUGGGAGAUAAUAGUUACAUACCUGAAGUGGUGGGUGAUACACUGGUCUCCAACGGGAGAUAAUAGUGCUACAUACCUGAAGGGGUGGGUGAUACACUCACCUAACGUGGGAGACAAUAGUGCUACAUAACCUGAAGGGGUGGGUGAUACACUAAUUCCAACGUGGGAGAUAAAUAGUGCUAUAUAACCUGAAGGGGUGGGUGAUACACUAAUUCCAACGUGGGAGAUAAAUAGUGCUACAUAACCUGAAGGGGUGGGUGGAUACACUCACUCCCAACAUAAUAGUGCUACAUAAAUCUGAAAGGGUGGGUGAUACACUACCCAACGUGGAGAUAAUAGUGCUACAUAAAUCUGAAGGGUGAUACACUACUCUCAACGGGAGAUAAUAGUGCUACCUACCCCUGAAGUGGUGGGUGAUACACUACCUAACGGGAGAUAAAUAAAGGCUACAUACCUGAAGGGCUGGUGAUACACUACUCCAACGCAGUGGGAGAUAAUAUGCUACAUAACCUGAAAAGUGAUGUACACCACUCCAACGGGAGACAAUAGUGCUACAUACCUGAAGGGGUGUGGGUGAUUAAUUCAAUUUCAACGGGAGAUACAGUGCUACAUAACCUGAAGGGGUGGGUGAUACACGAAUUCCAACGUGGGAGAUAAUAGUGCUACAUAACCUGAAGUGGUGGGUGAUACACGAAUUCCAACGUGGGAGAUAAAUAGUACUACAUACCCUGAAGGGGUGGGUGAUACACUAAUUCCAACGUGGGAGAUAAUAGUGCUACAUAACCUGAAGUGGUGGAUGAUACAGUAAUUCCAACGUGGGAGAUAAAUAGUGCUACAUAACCUGAAGUGGUGGGUGAUACACGAAUUCCAACGUGGGAGAUAAAUAGUACUACAUACCCUGAAGUGGUGGGUGAUACACUAAUUCCAACGUGGGAGAUAAUAGUGCUACAUAACCUGAAGGGGUGGGUGAUACACUAAUUCCAACGUGGGAGAUAAUAGUGCUACAUAACCUGAAGGGGUGGGAGAUAAUAGUGUUACAUAUCCUGAAGUGGUGGGUGAUACACUAAUUCCAACGUGGGAGAUAAAUAGUGUUACAUAACCUGAAGGGGUGGGUGAUACACUAAUUCCAACGUGUGAGAUAAAUAGUGCUACAUAACCUGAAGGGGUGGGUGAUACACGAAUUCCAACGUGGGAGAUAAAUAGUGCUACAUAACCUGAAGGGGUGGGUGAUACACUAAUUCCAACGUGGGAGAUAGUGGUGGGUGAUACACUAAUUCCAACGUGGGAGGUAAAUAGUGCUAGUGCUACAUAACCUGAAGUGUAUUUUAAUAAUCUGUUGUAAGGGCAUUGUGCAUAUACAAUUAAAUAAAUUAAUUUGAAAAACACAUUACAGAAAUGCAUUGUCAAAACUAAACAAUUAAAGUGAUAGUGCUUUUAUGUAUAUACUUACAAUGCAUAUCACUAAUCUGUUCUAUACCAGAUGAAAUUGAUUAUUAAAGUGAUAUAUCCAAAACCUCCUACAAAUUAUACUUUCCUGUGGUCAUCUCAAAAGCGGCCUCGGAAGCUAGGGGGUGGGGCGGUGUGAUCAACCCAAAAGAAAUCUGGUCGGAACUCUAAACAUACACAGUAAAGAGAGGGUAUUACUUAAUUUAGCACUAGCCCUGGGUCCUUGUAGUGUUCGCAUGUUAAGGUGAUUGCAGACCUCUUCAUUUAAAAUAUCUAUUUGGUAGUCCAGGCCACCUCCCAUAUUUUGCACCUCUCCCUGUCUCAGGGCCUUAUUUAACCUUGCCCCAGGAGGAAGGAUUUCCCAAGUAAGUAAAUUAAUCUCAUAAAAGCAGGCAUUAGGUUUAUAGAGUGGGACCUGCCAAGAAUGGGAUAAAUUGGCAUUGUGGCAAGCUUAUGUAAUAUAUAAUAAUAGGCUUUAAAAAAUUUUUUAUUAUAUUUUAUGAGCUUUUCAUGAAAUUGCCGUUUUUAUAUUUAUAUAUAUAAUUCCCUCCCUUACCCCAAAUACCAGUAAAGUUUGACAUCAGUGUCUACUCUAAACUAAGCUGAUCCCCAGUGUAUGCACAGAGAAAGCAGAACUUCUAGUAAACAAUGUGUUAAUAAUCUCCAGCAUUUAGUGCUAUGAGCUAAUUUGGGUUGUGGUGCUCAAUUUAAUGUACCAAGUGGUACAGAUGAAAAAAUAACAGCAGUGUUGUCUCCACACGUGGUCAAAGAUCAUCAGGAAAGAGGAAGAGCGCACACGUCAGCAGUGAUGCAGCGUGGGUUGCCAGCGUCCAGGGCAAGACGUUUAGCACUCACCAAGUCCGUUAACUGGCGCCUAGCCUUGCUGCUCCUUCCUUCCCUAGCUGCCCUGUCUCCAUGAUGUGUGUGACACUGAUAGUUGUGUUGUGUCAUUUUUAAAGUCCAACUCACACCUGAAGCAAUGUGCAUCGUCUUUAGUCCUGCUCCUUAUUAUUCAUCGAACCACUUCUGAUAAGUCUUCUGGGGGCCACCCUAACCAAUGACCCAAUGUCUGGGGUUGCAUGUGUGAGAGACACACCUAUCGGCAGAUUUUGUUUUUACAAUAUGUUUGACAUGACAAAAUGCUGUUAUUUCAGCUCAGUGUUUGUAACAGUGUGCUAGAAAAACGUGUUCUCUGAUGAACCAGACUUUAUAGACAAACAGUCUGACCGCAAUAAACUUUAUAACUAAUUUUACUUAAAACCACCUCAUCUCUGAGAUCAGAGACAAUGAUUUUAUUAUUUCAUUAUUGUUAGCAUAAUAGUGGGUAGCCCUUUAAAAUCUUGCAUCUUCUAGUUAUUGGCAUGUGAAUAUAAUAUAUAAUGUAUGCAUAAGGGUUAUUUGAUUUUUUUAUGGUUUUAUUUUCUUCCUAGUUACAUUGUCACAACUAACUGAAUCGCUUGUCUGUGUUACUUGAUAGAUAGCAGAAGUCAGCCACUAGUCAAAAAUAAUUAACAUUUAUUUAUUUGUUUUAUUACCGGAAUUUAUAAAACACCAACAUAUUCCGCAGCGUUGUACAAUUAGGGGUAACGGUAAAAUACACCCAUAUCAUUACAAAAGCCCAGAUCCAGCCACUGAAGCUCUCUUAUACAAAGUGCUUAGUUAGAUAGCCCAUGAGCUUACAAUCUAAAGGUUAAGAUGGAGAUUUGAGACAAGGGGUAGCAGGGGGAAUUUGGAAGUGAUGGUGGAAUACAUUCAAUGAACAAUUCUUCGCUAUUCUGUUCGGAUAUGCUUACACAUUCAAAAACUUAGCACGUUAAUUCUAACAAAAUAAACAAAUUAAAUCAUAAAGCACUAUAAACAACAGGGAUAUUUGAUAAUAAAAUAUACAGACAUCAACAAAACACGCACCAAUAAAAUGAGAUAAGCAACUACUUCAAUAAGGAAACCCAUCAAUGCUUGUAAAUAGAACGAUUAGACUGAUUGGAGCAAUAAUGCCCCAAAUUGUAUUGGAUCUCAUCCUAGUUGUCUCGAAAUAUUACCCGAAUGGAUAGAAGGUCUGUGUGAAUGCGUUCGGAAGUCUAUGCCUGCUGCUGGUUCUAUAGUAGAAUGAAAAUCACAAUGCUCUAAUAUAAUAAGUAAAACACAGUGUGAAGAAAAGGAAUGCCGAAUAAAUAUAAAAAUGAAGGAGGGAGGGAUGAGGACAACCCAUACAAUGAGUGUUGGUAUACAUCCCAUUGCUACGGAAUUUGCAGACACUAUAUAAAUAAUAUAAUAAUAAUAUGCAUUACAUGCAGAGAGCCCUUUAAUUUGCAUUCCACAACAGAAACAUUGUCAGCCAAGACAACAGAAACAGCACCAGCCAAGCCAGAAACAUCUGUUCAAAAGGGACGUUCUAAACAGCAAAACAAUAUGAGUCUCAGACAGGGGAGAUGUGGCUAGGACUAGCACCAAAACAACUAUGUGCGUUUUAGCUGGAGAGGUGUACCUAAGUCUGCAUAAACAAAGUGAUUUAACGUCUAAAUUUCAAAGAAUUAAGACUACACGGCAUGGUCUAUACACCAAAACCACUUCAUUAAGCUAAAGUUGUUUUGAUAACUAUAGUGUCCCUUUAAGUGUCCCUUUUUGUAGUGUUUUAAGGGGAUGCUGUCAUGUAUAAAAUGUGUGUUGCAAUGAAGAAACACUGGCCAUCAAUGUAUAGAUCAAAAGAUAUGCUUACAGGAAUGCUGUAAAUGGGGCCCUUGACUAAUAUAUACAUUAUAGCCAUACCCAGAAUCGGGAAGCCGGUGGGAGGGGAGUAAAAGGAGAUCACGUCAUUGACUCCACACAUAAUCUUACAAAGAUCUAGUUGAUCUGUGUAACGGAGCUCCCUGUACCCCGGCUGGGUACCUCCGCCCUGGACAGCUUCCUAGCUGGAACAGGGGACAAACUGCAGCACUUCUGCCCACAGUCGCCGUGGCUUGACUGGGGCCCUGGAUCCACUCCUUCCUGGAGACUAAUGGGGAAUUCGCUCUAGCCACCCCCAGGCAUUUGACGACACUCAGUCCUGGGAGCUCUAGUCCUUACAAGGACUUUCCCCGUUAAAUCCCCUGCAAGCUGGAACAGCAGAAACAGGAGUAAAUCUUCUUUCACUCUAAUAACAGGACAACACACAGUUUUGGAGUGUAAACUGGAAUAGGAUUUUAAUGGAGACACACUGGCCUUUUAUGCAAGUUUCCCAACAAGGGUGACACCCAAGUGGACCUUGUUGGGCACAGGGACACAAAGUGAACAAACCAAUAAAAACAGAGUCAUACAGUGAGACACUCCCAUACACAAACAAUAGAAUCCCUCCUCUGUGUUUGGGAGAUAAUUAAAUCAGGAACUGUACUAAUAUAACCCAAUUAUCUCCAAGCACAAAAAACAUACAAUUUUAUAAAUCCCCAAAAAGUACCAUAACCCCUUAAGGACCAAACUUCUGGAAUAAAAGGGAAUCAUGACAUGUCACACAUGGGGUUAAAAACACAUAAGUUACAUCCCCUGAUAGCCCUGAUCUGGAUGAACAACAUAUCCAAAAAUCACCCAGAUCGGUUCAGGAAUUUCAUGGAAGUUAUAGUUUUGACCGACCGUGCACAUGGUCCUAUGCCCAAAACAGUUCUAACAGUCGGUCAAGUUCAGUAGUCUUUUACAGGUUUCCCUGCAGGGCACAUAGUCUGUGGGAUGGUACUAUACUUCCAUACCACCAUGUGGUUAUAUAUAGUUAGAUCUUGUAGGAAAUGCAGGAAAAAGGUGUAGUACCAAUUCCUAAGUGAGAGUAAUGUUAUAUAUCGAUAGAGCUGAUACAAAGUGAUAUAUUUGCUCUAAAUCUGCAGUCACACUGGGUUAGGUUGGUAUAUUCAAUAAGACAGCCCUAAUGGGAAUUGGUGCUCACUUAUGAUUGAUUGAUUGAUUGAUUGGGAUGGACUAAGCAGAAAUUUUGGCUUGAUGUUUUAUCAAAAUAUCUCCAACAUUGAAACUAAAAGCUGAGUAAUUGAAAGAAAUACAUUCUUGCUUAAAGGCUGCAGUCCCGCAUAUGUUUCCUCAUAAUAGAUUAAGAAAUAAAUUCCAUAGAAAUACAAUGUUUAAUUUAGAGCUCUAAAGUGUUACCAGUUUACUGUGACUAAUUCAAAUAAUCAUCUAAUAUUCAUAAAUGAGCCUUUCUAGCUCAUUAAAUAUCAGCUCAAAAUGGUUAAACUUAUAAUUGGAUCAUUAAAUAUAUAUAUAUUCCAGAAGUUUGGUCCUUAAGGGUUUAAGUGCCCUGUAAGAAAAGGAAAAGUGCCUGACGCGCGUUUCGGUGCACAGAUAUGGGGAUGAUCUUAUUUAUUCAGCAGUCUGAAAAGCAAUGAUGUAUCUAUUUGCUGAAAAGAUUAACCCCUUCAAUGGAAUAAUAUGUCUGAUGUGCAUUUGAAUAAACAUCUCGUUCCAGUCUUAUUUGGAAUGCCGAUCUGAGUUCCGGUAGUAUUAGGUUACAAAUGUAUAGAGAUAUAUGCUAUGUGGACACAUAUUAACGUAUCAGUGUACCUUAGUAAUGAGAGAGAGAGAAGACUGAUCUGCCAACAAUGUCAGUUCUAUUGAAUGAACUGAUGUCAUGGCGAUCGUGUGUGUAGUGGAUCCACAAUAAUAUAACAUCAAAUAUAAAUAUAUGAACCAGGUCAAUGGGGAAUGUGGGUAAAUUUACAAAGGGAGGGAAAAAAAGUUGUUUUGGUUGUAAGGAAGUCAAUAUGUGCUACAUUUUUAUAUAUUUCAGUAUAUACAUAUUUAUGUUGAAAAGUGCAUUAUAGAUAAUUAGGCAAGUAUUUUAAUCAGAUAUAAAUGAAGUGUAUGAAAAUCCUUCAUUAAAUCCAGACGGAGAUAGUGUUUUUAGUUUGUAAAUCCACAAACUUUCUCUCUGGAGUAGUUUUUUUGUCUUUCCUUUACCCAAGUUUAUUUUUCCUAUUCCGCUGAAACGUAACCCUUGAGAGGAACCUCCAUGUUGUAGCUUUAGAUGCCUGGUGUAAAUAAGUCUAGAAGGAUUAAUUGAAUUGACAUGUUCUAAAAUGCGCUUUUUAAACGUUCUGCUUGUUUUCCCCACGUAUUUUAAGUUGCCGCUUCAGGUCAGUAGGUAAACUAUGCCUGAAGUUUGACAGUGAAAGGACCACUAUAGUGCCAGGAAAACAAACUUGUUUUCCUGGCACUAUAGGGUCUUUAGAUCCCCCCACCCUCAUGGCCCCCCUCCCGCCGGGCUGAAGGGGUUAAGCUCUUACCUUUCUCCAGCGCCGGGGAACAAUCCUCCCUCUUCCGACGCGCGCAUUCGCAUGUGCGGCAAUAGCAGCGCGCGCAUUUAAUCAGUCCAUAGGAAAGCAUUACUCAAUGCUUUCCUAUUCCUAUUGACGUCAGCGUCUUCUCAUUGUGAUUUUCACAGUGAGAAUCACGGAAGCGCCUCUAGCGGCUGUCAGUGAGACAGCAACUAGAGGCUGGAUAGAUGGACCUGGCACCCAGAACACUUCAUUGAGCUGAAGUGGUAUGGGUGCCUAUAGUGGUCCUUUAAAGAAGAUUUUGGUCAUGAAGGACUCAUUUGAAUUUGAGAAGGUCUUGGAGUGUCUGCGGAUAUAUUUACAUGCUUUGCAACACCCGCAUUAGUAUGUGCCACAUUUUUGCGUUUUUUCCUCUAGAUUUGGUCUCCCUAAAAAAGAAUUCCCUAAAAAAUACCCUUUUUUUAGGGUACCCCUAGGUUUAGGGUCAGAGGAAGUAGAUGGGCUAUCUAUGUUCACAUCUGAUUCAGAGCCGCUAGUAUCAUACUCAGAAGUUGAGAAUUGAUUAAAGUCGACUCUCCUAUUCUUUUUAUAUUUACGAUAUAUGUUCCCCGUUGUGAAAUCUCUCAUGAAUUUAGAGUGUUUGCAUGUUUUUAUGACUGAUUGAAAUCUGUUAAGCAGGUUCUGGAGUAUGAUAUCUAAUUGUCCAAAGUUUGGCUCAUCUUUGGGAAGCUGGAUCUUUUUCACUUCCUCCUCUACUUCCUUAUUAACCCUCUAUGGUAGUUUUUUUUUCCGAAUAUACACAAUAUGUCCAUAAAUUUACGAGAACAGGCCCCAGCUGCUUCCUCCCAUUCAGUAAUAAAUUCUGAUUCUUCAAUAUGGGAGGCAGGGAUAUUCUGUACUCUAAGACCUCUCGGUAUCAGGUCUUUACUCAGAUAUUUUUCUAGAGAUGCAAUUUCCCAAACAGUUUUAAUGUGUGAUGGUACUAUACUUCGGAGAGAUAAUACUGAAUGUGAUUAGUGAUGUGUGGUUGGGGCUAGGGGGCUAAAUUUUUAACCCCUUGUUCAUGUUUCACUAUUGUCCUGCAAAAUGGCAAAAUGGGGUCAAUCUGGGGAGAAAAAAAAAAACCCACUCUGAGUUUAUUCACUAAGUAGACAAUAGCGGUGAAUUGAAAUCUGCAUUGUAAAAUCCAGGAUAAAAUACCCAAACUGCGACUAAAUAGGAGUUUGAGAAUGUUUCCAACUCAACUAUUAUUGAAAUACAGCUUUCAGUUAAAGGACCACUAUAGUGCCAGGAAAACAUACUCGUUUUCCUGGCACUAUAGUGCCCUGAGGGUGCCCCCACCCUCAGGGACCCCCUCCCGCCCAGCUCUGGAGAGAGGAAGGGGUUAAAAUCUUACCUUUCUCCAGCGCCGGGCGGGGAGCUUUCCUCCUCCUCUCCCCCUUCCUAGCGACGUCAUUGGCUGAAUGCGCAUGCGCGGCAGGAGCCGCGCGCGCAUUCAGCCAGUUUAUAGGAAAGCAUUUUUUUAAUGCUUUCCUAUGGACGCUGGCGUCUUCUCACUGUGAUUUUCACAGUGAGAAGCACGCAAACGCCUCUAGCAGCUGUCAAUGAGACAGCCACUAGAGGCUCUAGAGGCUGGGUUAACCCUCAGUGUAAACAUAGCAAUUUCUCUGAAACUGCUAUGUUUAUAAAAAAUGGGUUAACCCUAGCUGGGCCAGGCACCCAGACCACUUCAUUAAGCUAAAGUGGUCUGGGUGCCUAUAGUGGUCCUUUAACUACAAUGUGGUGCUUGGUGAAUAACCUUUAUUGUGUACAUUUUACCUUAAUGAAGCCUAAAGCACCCACAGUGUGAAACACUUAAAGGGACACCGUAUGCACUAUAACUUUUUCAUCUUAUUGAAGUGGUUAUAGUACCUGGUGCUGUGCCUCUAAUCAGUGUUAAACCAUUCCAUCCAGUUGAAGUGGUUAUAGUACCUGGUGCUGUGCCUCUAAUCAGUGUUAAACCAUUCCAUCCAAUUGAAGUGGUUAUAGUGCCUACAGGCCCCUCUAUACUGUGUUAAACCAUUUUCAGGCAGUUUAACACUGAGUGGGGAUCCCUGGCUUUCCAUAGCUCUGCCCCCACUGGAGGUGUAUCUGUGGAAGAGAUGGCACACUUCUUUCUAACCAUACCAAUUUAUACCAGCACUGGGUGCUGUGGUAGGUUGAAAGUGGUCAGCUGACACUCUCAGCCACCCAUUGUUGCUCAGACUUCUUCAUUAGCCCAUGGAGUACAGAAAAUACAGGCUGAUAUGGGCUCUCAUUUAGCAUUAAAACAUUAAAAAGGUUUACUGCUGAAUAGGAGCACAGCGCUAGGGGACUCUAGACACUAUAACCACUUCAAUUAGAGGCAAAAGUCACAGUGAUUACAGGGUCCCUUUAAUGCUGUUUGUAGACUGUUCACAAAACUACACACAGAGCUGACUGAAAGGGCAGGAGGGCAUGUGAAUCAAACUAUAGUUGCUUUAAAUGUAAUAUUAUACAUCCAUUAUUUAUUUAUCUAUUCGUGUUCUCCAACAUAUUUCACUGGAGUGGAUAAAGAUAGUUAGCUUGUUUCAUUUUAUUAUCUUCAUCUUUAAAAGCCUUGAAAUUCAUUAUUUGGACUCAUAUAAACAGCGCCAACAACGCUUUGCGAGGCACUAAAUGAGAUCAAUAAAUACGGCUGGGUCAUGUGAUCUCUGUGCGUAGUAAGAAUGUUAAAAACACCCAAGCUGAUAACAAAAGAAACAACAAUUAAAAAAACAACUUUUGAAAACGUGAAACAAACACUAGAACUGAGACAGUCUGCCUUUUUAAUAUUCCAGAUAGCACAGGGCAGGGCUUGCAGAAACAGGACUGUAAAUAACGAACUAAACUAAUUGGUCAUCUGUCAGAAAGUAAUAAGUCAACACACCAUAAAGCUUUAUAUACUCUGCACACACAAACAUUCCCUUUGUUUUUAAAAUGGUUUUAUAAUAAAUAUCGUUACAUACAAAAGCUCUUAGUCAAGAGAAUAAAAUAGAUAGAUGAUCCCCCACCCCCAAAUAAACACAGAGCAAACAGACAACCACAAAACAUAAAACACAGGUUCAGCAUUUGCACUCAAACCAUGUUGCUGUUAUCGCCCUGCAGUCAGGGCACAGGAUAUCUCCAUGUCGAAGAUAACCAAGAGAUGAAAGUUCAGUUUCCACCCUGCAGAGUCUGAUUAAUAACUGUGUGAGUAAUUGUGUGAACGUUUCAAGCAAUGAAAGCUAUGUGAGCCAGCGAUGAACAUGUGACUGAGGAAGGCCAUGUACGCUACAGCUGUCCUUUCACAUCACAGCAGCAAUACAGCUAAUUCCAGAGUCCCAUCUGUCUAAAACAUAAACAAAAAGCACUGACUGGCUUCCUGUGAUGGGAGUUCCCUGAACGUUGAACACACUGGUAUAGGAAAAUGGACGGCUGUUACAAAUGUUACAUAGCUGAAAAGAGUUACAUAGCUAUCCAUCAAGUUCAGCCUUCCUCACAUUUGUAUUUUGCUGUUGAUCCAAAAGAAGGCAAAAAAAACAAACAACCCAGUUUGAAGCACUUCCAAUUUUGCAACAAACUAGGGGAAAAAAUUCCUUCUUGACCCCAGAAUGGCAGUCAGAUUUAUCCUUGGAUCAAGCAGUUAUUACCCUACAUUGAAAGAUUAUAUCCUUGAAUAUUCUGUUCUUGCAAGUAUGCAUCUAGUAGCCGUUUGAACAUCUGUAUGGACUCUGAUAAAACCACUUCCUCAGGCAGAGAAUUCCACAUCCUGAUUGUUCUUACAGUAAAAAAAAAACCUUUCCUUUGACUUAGACUAAAUCUUCUUUCUUCCAGUCUAAUCGCAUGACUUUGUGUCCUAUGUAAAAUCCGGUUUGUGAAUAGAUUUCCACACGAUGGUUUGUAUUGGCCCCCGGUUAUAUUUGUAUAAUGUUAUCAUAUCCCCUCUGAGGCGACGUUUUUCUAAACUAAAGAGGUUUACAUUUGUUAACCUUUCUUCAUAGCUGAUGCGUUCCAUACCUUUUAUUAAUUUUGUAGCCCGUCUCUGCACUCUUUCUAGUGCCAUAAUAUCCUUUAGAACAGGUUCCCAAAAUUGCACAGCAUAUUCAAUAUGUGGUCUUACCAGUGAUUUAUAAAGAGGCAAAAUGAUAUUCUCAUCACGAGAAUGAAUGCCUUGGCCACUGCUGAUUGACAUUGCACAUUGUUGCAUAGUUUGUUGUUUCCUUUUCGUGUGUUGUUAUCCUUAAUUCGCUUCCAUUAAGGGUAUACGUUGCUUGUGUAUUCUUUACGCCGAAGUGCAUAACUUUGCAUUUUUCAACAUUAAAUUUCAUCUGCCAUUUGAGUGCCCAGUCCCCCAAUCUAUCCAAAUCCCUCUGCAGCAAAGUAAUAUCCUGCCCACAUUGUAUUAUUUUACAGAGUUUUGUUCCAUCUGCAAAUAAUGAAACAUGACUUUCAAUGCUUUUUUCAAGAUCAUUUAUAAACAUGUUAAAUAGAAGGGGUCCUAGAACAGAACCCUGAGGGACAUCACUUCCCACCUCUGUCCAGCUUGAAAAUGUAACAUUACUGACAACUCGUUGUACUCUAUUUUUAAGCCAAUGUUCUACCCAAGAACAAGCAUUUUCAUCUAGACCGAUUUCCUUGAGUUUGAACACUAAUCUAUUGUGUAGAACUGUAUCAAAUGCCUUGGCAAAAUCCAAAUAGAUCACAUCCACGGCAACACCCCGAUCUAUACUUCUACUUACUUCUUCGUAGAACGCAAUCACGUUAGUUUGACAUGACCUGUGCUUUAUAAAACCAUGCUGAUUUUUGCUGAUAACCAUGUUCUUCUCAAGGAAUUCUUGAAUAUUAUGCCUUAAUAACCUUUCAAAUAUUUUUCCAGUCACAGAACUUAAGCUCACAGGUCUAUAAUUUCCAGGCAAGGAUUUUGAGCCCUUUUUGAAUAUAGGAACCACAUCUGCCUUCCUCCAAUCCUCCGGAACACUUCCUGAAAGAAAAUGGUGGAACCCAAUCAGAAUAAAAACAUUUUUUUAUUCCCUAACCCACCCUUGUUUGUAUUUUUUUUUUCCAGAUAUUUUAAUGAUCUUUUAACUUUUCCUUCCGGGGUAUUUUUUUGUUUUUAGUGACAUAUACUGUGAGUGUGGCUAGUAAGGGAUGACUGGUUAAUUCUUACCCCAAGAGUGGUAACAAAAUUCACAGUAAUGUUUGUUUGUGCAUGUCCAUAACAGCACUAAAAGGCAAUAAAACUCACAGGAAUGUGUGCUUAGAUUUCAGUAAAUAGGUUUAUAAAUAAGUCUGUAUAAAUGAGACACAUUAAUCCAAUUCUAAAAUACAAAAAUAACAAAAGUGAAAGAAAGGGGAAGGAGGGAUGGGGUGGGGGAGGGGUGUUAAAUAUCAGAUGAUCCCAGAAAAAGACAUUUAAGCCCAAAUGGGUUUAUUUAAAAUAAUAUAAAACGUAGCCUUUAAUAGAUAUAUUUACAACCACUAACACACAAGUACUAAGUACCACCAUCUAGAAAAAAUAAUUAGUUAGGAAAAAUAUUUACACUUUUAUUAAAAAUGUAAGAUUCCUAACGUUAUGAUGGGAAUGGGAAUGCCCUCUCAUUUAUAUGGAAAGCGACAAAUGCGUUUCUCCAUGUAAGAGCGGGACCAAUGUGAACUCUAAUCACUUGCUCUGCCAGAAUAUCAUGAAUUGGUAUGUACAAAAUCUGGCAAAGCAUGGGAAUAAGGUAAAACAGUGGUCCAUCUGCUGGCUAAUAAAUAGGCUAUCCAUGGGAACCUCGGGGGAGGGGGGGGGAGAAGGGGGAGGAGUCGGAGGAAACAGGUACAGCCAGUGGUGUAUUCUGGUUUUGUGCUGCCCCUCCCCUUACAAACUUCUCUUCCUGACAGACACAUGCCCUCACUGAUACAUGCACUGACAUACACUCCCUUACAGGUACGCAGUCAUUGUCACACACACUGUUUAACCAAAACACACUUUCACUGAAACAUACACAUUCUUGUAAUACACAGUUACACACACACACACAUUCACCGACAGACACACAUAUACACUGACAGACACACAGUCACCGACAGACACAGUCACCGACAGACACACAUACACAUACACGUACUGACAAGGCACACAUGCACACUCACUGACUGAAGUGCAUACACAUUCACUCAGUGUCAGACAAAUACACACACACACACUGGGACACACUGACAGAUACACACUGACAAACAUAUAUGCACUUAGUGUCAGGCACACACAUUGACUGACAGACACACAUACACUAGCUGACAAAAACUGACAGACACAUAAACACACUGAAACAUGCAAACAUACACUGACAGAAACACUCAGUGACAGAUACACACAUACACACUCACUGACAAACACAUAUACACUCUCAGUGACAGACACACACACUCUCACUAACAGACACACACUAAACUCACUGACACACACUAACACACUCACUAACAGGCACACAGACACUCACUAACAGACACACAUUCACUGACACACACACACACUAGCACACUCAAUAACAAACACACACACACUCACAAAUUAAAAUAAAAUAAAAAUUAAAGUUCAAUCCACCCAGCCUGGAGUGGAUUCUUCCCUGUGGUCCAGUGGGGCUGGCUACAGCUCUACCGGUGGUCGGGAAGGCGGGCAGCGAGGGAGCUCUGAUCCUCCUGCUCAGCUCCCUUGUGCGCCUCUUAGUGAUGCCGGGGCCGGAGUGACGUCAUAUUCCGGCUCUGGCAUUACUGCGGUGCACAUAAGGUAGAUACCAGCCUCAGGGGGAAACCCCCAGGGCAAGAGGCUGUCAAGACAUCUGCCAGGGCGAAUGGGGGCAGCUAUUUUUGCCACCUCCCUGAAAGUUCCGCCCAAGGCAAAUGCCUGAUCAGUCGCGUGCUAGAUACAGCCGUAUAGAUGAUAAUAUUAAUCUGCAAAAACUACUUGGGUACAGUAGUGAAUAAUUUGUAGCAAUAUGUCUGCAAAUCACUCUUGCUACUGUGAUUGUCAAGUGGCAACAAUUUCAUAAAGUUAUAGUGAGAACAGACUUAGCACUCAAAGUUGUCACGUGGACAGGUAAAAAAUGAACUAGUAUACAGUUGCAAGAAAAAGUAUGUGAACCCUUUGGAAUGAUAUGGAUUUCUGCACAAAUUGGUCCUAAAAUGUGAUCUGAUCAUCUAAGUCACAACAAUAGACAAUCACAGUCUGCUUAAACUAAUAACACACAAAGAAUGAAAUGUUGCCAUGUUUUAUUGAACACACCAUGUAAACAUUCACAGUGCAGGUGGAAAAAGUAUGUGAACCCCUAGACUAAUGACAUCUCCAAGAGCUAAUUGGAGUGAGAUGUCAGCCAACUAGAGUCCAAUCAAUGAGAUGAGAUUGGAGGUGUUGGUUGCAGCUGCCCUGCCCUAUAAAACACACUUUGCUUUUCACAAGAAGCAUUGCCUGAUGGGAAUGAUGCCUCGCACAAAAGAGCUCUCAGAAGACCUACGAUUAAGAAUUGUUGACUUGCAUAAAGCUGGAAAGGGUUAUAAAAGUAUCUCCAAAAGCUUGCCAGCCAAGAAAUCAAGGUUGCCCCUCAGUGGGAGCAGUGGGCUUGGUAGUCAAAUAAUGUUUGGGACCAUAUCGGUGCCAGAGGGUUAGGGUUGCUUUCACAAACGGGUUGAGUUGUGCAUUGCUUUGAACUACGCAAUCUGCACUCAGGAAAUUCAACUUAAGUGUAUAUUUCUAAAAAAAAACAAACAAAAAAAAACUUUCUUUACAUGGGCGUCCCCAAAGUGAUGGCCAGUCAGCCAGAAAUGCCCACUUUUCAAGUGCCUUUCCAGCUUUGCCCUGAAUGCUAUCAUCAGUGAUGUGAGAGGCACUCCUCCCAUUCAUGUCCUGGAUUCAUAUUUUCCAAUGUAACCAGGAGUUUUUGGGACCUUGUUAAUGCUUAAUACUAUGAACAAGUUUCAGGCAUCAUAAAAACACAAACUCAUUUGGUUGGAUAAGCAGAUCUAUUUUCAGGAUUGGACUUAAAUUUGACUGCCCCCUUCCUCCCCCCAGCAAACAUAAGCCUGGGGUUGCACAGAAAAGAGGCAUGUAUAUUUAUAUAUUCAUUACAAGAGAAGUUGUUAAAAAUCAAUGCCAGUUUUGUUGCUGACUCGUGGUGUUUUAACAAAAAUGUCAUGUGCAUAUUUGAUAGUUUUUGUUGUUAUUUGAUCCUGUCUCACAAGAAGCUUUGGAUAUGUAAUCCAGCUCCAGGCCGUGUGUCACUUCUGCCUCUAAACACUCCAUUCAUGAUUGGUUGAUUGCAAUGCAACUUCUUUCUGCCCCUUCCUGUUACAAAUGUCAGCCAGAAACGGGUACCAAUACCGUCACUGGUGUCUGCCACGUGGAAGCUUGUUAAACAAGCUAGGAUGCUGCCACUUUUCAGUUAGAAUAUGCUCUUUUAACAAAAGACGUUUUUCUGUGAAUAUGUAGUUUAUCAUAGCAUAAAAAUAAAAAAUCCUCAGUAGACGGCAAGUGUCGAUGGCUCAAUUAAGAAUGGGCAUAUACUGUAAUUGGCAAGCUGUAUUAUGUAUACUACUAUUAUUGUACUGGCUUAUGCAUAAGCCCAAAGUCAAUGUUAACUUGCUAUGUCUGUUGAGUAAAAAUAAAGAAUAAAAAAAAAAAAAAAAAAAAUAUGCUCUUUUAUGAGGCACUUCGCUUAUUGAUAAGCUGUGGAAGUAUGGGAGCUGUCUGCCUUCGCAGCUUGUCCUCUACAGAAUACCACUGCACUUCCAAUAGUAACUGUAUUAGCCCAUUUGUUAUAUGUGUUUUGCUCUUCAUAACUAAACCCUCUCUCUGCAUGUAUAAACCCCCCAUAGUGCAGUCACACCUCUGUGUUAGCUAACUGAAAUAGUCACUAUGCUGACAUUACAUAGGUACAUAGGCUAAAAAAAGACAAGCAUCCAUCAAGUUAUGUUAUUAUGAUAACAUAUCAUUAUGUUUAAGUAUUCACCCAGUUGCUGUUUAAAAAUCGAUGUAGAUUCUGAUAAAAACACUUCUUCAGGCAGAAAAUUCUAGUCCUUAUUGAUCUUUACUUUGCCUUAGACUAAAUCUCCUUUCUUCCAGUCUAAAUGUGUGACCUUGUGCCCUAUGUAUAGCCCUGUUUAUGAAUAGAUUUCCAGACAAUGGUUAGUAUUAGCAAUGAUUAGACAGGAAGAAAAAAAAAUAGGAGACGGGCAUGUGGGUAAAGGGUACCCUCGAAGGCACAGAAUAGCCAAAAGCCAGGUGUCUUAUACAGUUGCAAGAAAAAGUAUGUGAACCCUUUGGAAUGAUAUGGAUUUCUGCACAAAUUGGUCAUAAAAUGUGAUCUGAUAAUCAUCUAAGUCACAACAAUAGACAAUCACAAUCUGUUUAAACUAAUAACACACAAAGAAUGAAAUGUUGCCAUGUUUUUAUUGAACACAUCAUGUAAAGGUGCAGGUGAAAAAAGUAUGUGAACCCUUGAAUUUAAUAACUGGUUGAACCUCCUUUGGCAGCAAUAACUUCAACCAAACGUUUCCUGUAGUUGCAGAUCAGACGUGCACAACGGUCAGGAGUAAUUCUUGACCAUUCCUCUUUACAGAACUGUUUCAGUUCAGCAAUAUUCUUAGGAUGUCUGGUGUGAAUCGCUUUCUUGAGGUCAUGCCACAGCAUCUCAAUCGGGUUGAGGUCAGGACUCUGACUGGGCCACUUCAGAAGGUGUAUUUUCUUCUGUUUAAGCCAAUCUGUUGUUGAUUUACUUCUAUGCUUUGGGUCGUUGUCCUGUUGCAACACCUAUCUUCUGUUGAGCUUCAGCUGGUAGACAGAUGGCCUGCAAAAUGUCUUGAUAAACUUGGGAAUUCAUUUUUCCUUCGAUGAUAGCAAUCCGUCCAGGCCCUGAUGCAGCAAAGCAGCCAAACCAUGAUGCCCCCACCACCAUACUUCACAGUUGGGAUUAGAUUUUGAUGUUGGUGUGCUGUGUCUUUUUUUCACCACACAUAGUGUUCUGUGUUUCUUCCAAACAACUCAACUUUGGUUUCAUCUGUUCACAGAAUAUUUUGCCAGUACUGCUGUGGAACAUCCAGGUGCUCUUGUGCAAACUUUAAACGUGCAGCAAUGUUUUGUUUGGACAACAGUGGCUUCCUCUGUGGUAUCCUCCUAUGAAAUCCAUUCUUGUUUAGUGUUUUACGUAUUGUGGAUUCGCUAACAUGGAUGUUAGCAUUUGCCAGUGACUUUUGUAAGUCUUUAGCUGACACUCUAGGAUUCUUCUUCACCUCAUUGAGCAGUCUGCGCUGUGCUCUUGCAGUCAUCUUUACAGGACGGCCACUCCUAGGGAGAGUAGCAAGAAUGCAGAACUUUCUCCAUUUAUAGACAAUUUGUCUUACCGUGGACUGAUGAACAGCAAGGCUUCCCAUUCGGUAGAAAGAACCCCACGAACAAGGGGAUUUACCCAAAUCCUCCCCAGCUCUCAUAAUCCAAUCCAUUCGUGUGUUUCAUUCCCUUUUCUGUGACCGACCGUAGGGCCACAAUACAUGGAACCCUUUUCGGCUGUUAACCCCAGCGCGGUCGGUCUUUUUAGUACUUCCAGGAAUUUCCCGAACCACUGCUCCGAUCUGGGUGAUUUUUGGAUAUGUGUCUCACCCAGAUCAGGGCUACCAGGGGAUGUAAUAUUUAAAGGGGUACCCCUAUGUUUAGGGGUAUAUCCAGAAACCCAGGGAAUUUGGGUCCUGCAUAAGGGGAUUAUGUGUCACAAUAAGGGGAGGGGAUGUGUGGGUGGCAACUCGUGUAUGAUUGGUGUAUUGUGUAAUUACUGUAAAUCCCUCGCUUGCAUGGGAGAAAGCUUUAAAAGACAGUUGCGUGAUUAAAAGUUCAGUUCUGCUCCUGAUGCUGUGUGUCGUCCAGUCAUUGGGAUUGCUGUUGGGAUAUUGCUGGAUUAUUUUGCCUGCUGGAAACCUUGCUUUAUGGAUUUAUAAUACUUGUUCCUGAGCCUCACUGGGAUCUUAAGUGGAGAUAACACUUAGUAACAACAUUUACUGCAACCACAUUUCUCUGUGCCAUAGAAAGUAAUCCUAAACUGGGCAACCGUACACAGCGGGUGGGGAUGCAGCGGUUCCAUGUCUCAUGGUAAUGCAUAAUAUGCUCCGUGUCCAUAUAGCUAUAAGUUACAUUCAGUCUACAGGGGACACCUAGCCUACAACCUAUUAUCUGUAAUUUGUAUAACCCUGCAAUAUUAUCUCAAAGCUACAAUGUUCUAGGCAGUAUGUAUAGCCUGUCAGUGUAUUUUUAGUUUGCUAUACCUGUCUCUGUUCGCUCUUGAUUUCCCUGAAUCACAAGAGUUGAGUUCUACACUGAAAACACAUGCACUGGUACUGGCAGGCUGGGCAGUACUGUACUCUACUUAAAUCGAGUUUCACGCUUCUACUGCUUGUUUUAAUUCUGUAACCUUCUACACUUAACCGAAACAUGCUGUGCAAUCCAGCUAUUAGAUAGAGAGCUACACAGGAUUACCACACCUACACAGCAACACCUGGUUAAAGUUACUACAUACAGCCUGCUCUUACUACAACAGCCAGUCUUAGUUUAACACGACGUAGCAGGAUUUCUCCUACUGGCUUGGUACAAGCUUGUUUCACUAAAACACAGGGGCAGUCAGGUACUAUGACAGGCGAGGUCGGAUCAAUAUAUCAAUGCAAAGUUUUAACCUGACAUUAACCUCUACUGUGCCCAAACUAUGACGUAGAUCUGUAAACCACGCUAAUAUUACGGUUUACCCUUGUUAUGCAUAGUCAGUCUCGCAAUAUAUUAUAAAAUGUGCAAUGUUAUUAGAUGCCAUAUCUUUGUCUACCUGUUGAUCAGUUGGCUGGCAAUAGCUAUCGCGGCAUUUCUUGUCUCUAUGUAUUGUUUUUUUCUCUGAACGGAAAAUAAAGAAUUAAAAAAAAAAUAAUAUGUUCUGCAUUAUGUACACUUUAAUAAUAUUUAUAUACCUUGAGAAACAAACAUGCUUACCAUAAGCAAGACAUAUAUUAUUACUAGGUUCAAAGUCCCCAAGAUUUAUAGAAGAAAGGCUGGCCCUCAGAUUUUCUGCAUUCCCCAAAUAUUGACACGAGACCCACCUUAACUACCCAUUUUUUUCCAGCGAACCUGCAGGCAAAUCCGGUUCGUUGGUCAAAGAGUCCUUUGUGUUUUUGUAAAACACUCUAUGUAGGCUUGAGCCCAGCCCUGUAUAGAUUAAUCUGUAAUUUAGUUCAAUAACGGAAUCUCCUCAACUGAGCUAGUGGAAGGAAAAUAAAAUGCUUAGUAGCAACAAUCUUGUCCACAUUUUCCGUGCACUAUUAAAGCAUGCCAGAACUAUGAGCUUCUAGAAAAUUUACAUUGACUGUGAAUUUAACCUUAUCGACUCCAUGUGUACUUAAUGAUGUCAUGGCCCCCUCCUCCUUCAGCCUGGCCUCUGAAAUAUCUCUUGGUGAGUAAUGUCAUCUGUAAUGGAUCCCCUAUACUCCGACUGAGUAUAUCCGCUGUAGCUCUCUCAAAUCCCAAGUGAAGCAGUUAUUAAGGCUCUGGUAUAACCACACAUCAGCCUAGACGUGAUGAAGCAGGGGGUCUCCACACAAUACAAUGCAUGCCCCUCCCAUAAAUCUCUGUGACUGGCAGAUAAUUGCGUUACAGACCAGUAAGCUAAUUAUCUCCCAGGAGCAGAGAGGCAAACAAACAUAAAAAAAAAAUACCCCAAAACAUCAUAAAAACAGAACAAACCCCACAAAUAAUAUAUUGUUAAAUAGCCCUGAUCUGAGCGCCCAAGUUCUCCAAAUAGCGCUCAGAUCAAUGCAGUGUAGGGAAUCGCCACAGUGUUAAAGUUCUGACUGGCCGUUCACGUGGUCCUAUGCCCAAAACCGUUCCAUAACAUUCGCGGCUAAGUCCCGCUGAGGUGACUGGGAACCCACGAAGCCCUUAUGCCGAAUUUAGUUCCAUUACAAUCGCGGCUAAGUACUUCUGAGGACAAUUCGUGGGUUUGGUUCAUGCGAACGGCCGCCAGAGAGCCAGCUUUCGAUUCCAUUUGCAGGAAAGGAAAGUGCCGAACCUGGGGCACCAAGGGCAAGCUACUAAUGGUGGUUGGGGAUAUUUAACUCCUGAAAAUGGUCUUUGUAUAUGGUCCAUAGUCCUGGGGCAGGAGGCUAGCUUGCAGGCUCCUCCAGGAGCUCGUGGCAUAGGCACAUUUAUCACAUAUCUCCCGCCACAAGGGAAGACUAACCAGGUACCAGACCUCCUGUUGGUCUGUACCUGAGUUAGUCAAGAAGCCCACCCAAAAACACCCAGCUAAGCCUCCUGCUCCAUGCUCUGUCCUGGCAGUUCAACAUUGCUUUGUUGGUGACGUCCAUCAGCCCUGGUGUCUCCUGAUAACAGGCACUGCCGCUUGGGAGAGAGACCAGUUGUCUCCUCUUCCUGCCUGGUACACUGCCUCUGGGGAGUGAUACUGACUGUCUCCACUUCCCGUGAUGCUGCUUGUUGCUUGGUAGUGAAACCGACUAUCUCCACUCCCAGUGAUGCUUGCUGCUUUUUGGGAGAGGGACCGUCAAUCUCCGCUCCCUGUGACCCUGCCUGUUGCUGGUUAGUGAGACCGACUAUCUCCACUCCCAGUAAUGCUUGCUGCUGCUGGGGAGAGGGACCACAAAAAUCCUCUCCUUGUAACUCUGGCUUGCGCUGGGGAGAGAGACCAGUUGUCUCCUCUCCCUUUAACUCAUACUGCCACUGGGGAUGAGACUGACUGUCUCCACUCCCUGUGAUGCUGCCUGUUGCUGGGUAGUGAGUCCAACUAUCUCCACUCCCAGUGAUGCUUGCUGAUACUGGGGAGAGGGAUCGACAAUCUCCUCUCCCGGUGACUCCAGCUGCUGGUGGGGAGAGAGGCCGUCUAUUGUCACCUCUCCCUGCAUGGUACACUGCCGCUGGGGAGUGAGACUGCCUGUCUCCACUCCAUGUGAUGCUUGCUGUUGCUGGGGAGGUCUGAUCCCAGCCCAAUGACUCCCGGGUACGGUAGCAUCUCUUCCUGUUAAUAAAUACCCCUGAACAGCGACUCCGCAGGACUGCCAAAGUCAUUCCACAACAGGCCAGGGCCAUUGUAGCUCUCCCACUUUGGCUGAAUGCCCUCUGCCAUCCAGGGGUCUCGCUGGACUGCGUACCACCACAGCUCCCCCAAGUCGUCCAGUCAUCCAGUCAUCAUUUCUCUCUUAACCAGGAACUCAAGGUGCCUUACCCACUCCAUCAAGGGUUGCUUUCCCAGGAUCGCCAUCCGUUGGGCCACUUGUUCCUGCCAGUGGUGUGCUGUACUUGAAAGGUUCUCUUUCCGCUAAAGGUUUGCUACCUCUAGGGACUAUUGCCAGUGUUCUUGCAGUAUUCAUUCUCUCCUCCUCAGCCAAAAUAGGGCCCUUCUGCUGUGCCAGUGUGCCUUGUAGUCUCCACUAGAAUGCCUCCUCAUAUGGGGACACUGCCCAGAGCCUAGCUCGCUCCAUCUCCCAAGUUCCUCUUUAGACAGGGACACUGCUGGACUCUUCACAUCAUUCCCUGGUUUGGGAUAACCAUUUGGGAGAAAAAUCUCGCUGCUUGCCACCAGUGUAACGGAUCCCCUAUACUCCGACUGAGUAUAUCCGCUGUAGCUCUCCCAAAUCCCAAGUGAAGCAGUUAUUAUAGCUCUGGUAUACCCACACGUCAGCCUAGACUUGAUGAAGGGUACAAGAAGACUGUUUUAUUAUAGACCAGUGGCCUGCUUAUAUACAGAACUCCAAGCAGGGGUCUCCACACAAUACAAUGCAUGCCCCUCCCAUAAAGCUCGGUGCCUGGCAGAUAAUUGCGUUACAGACCGGUAAGCUAAUGAUGUCCCAGGAACAGAGAGGAAAACAUAAAAAUAUAAAUGAGUCAUUUAAGGGAUCAUUUAGAGAACAAAUACAUAAUAGAAAAUAGACAAAAGACAUAUAUAUAUAUAUAUAUGGGUUAGGGGACGGGGGAAGGCUGAAGAAACUCCCCUACUGGAGAGGUAUAUGUUAUAUAUCUAAUAAUGCAAACUGAACAAGUUUAUAGUACGUUUAUAAACAUUUAGUACAUUCUUUUCAAAGAUUUUCUUGCUUAAAGAGUUACUAUUGACGUCAAAACAGCUUUAGCUUAACAAAGCAGUUUUAGUUUUUAGAUAAUGCCUUGCAGCAGGGCCGCCACCAGAAAUUUUGGGGCCCCUGACAAAGCACAAGGUCUGGGCCCCCCUCAACCCCCGCGCCCGCCACGACCAGAGGACUCCUACCUAGUCUGUUGCAAAUGAUGCAGGACUGAAUGUGGUGUGUAUAGUGGAAGUAAAUUAGAAUGUGUGUAAUGGAUGUAGUGUUUGUGUGUAUUAGAUACUGUUUGUGUAGUGAAUGCAGAGUGUGUGUUAGUGUAGUGAAUGCAGAGUGUGUGUUAGUGUAGUGUAUGCAGAGUGUGUGUGUGUUAGUGUAGUGAAUGCAGAGUGUGUGUUAGUGUAGUGUAUGCAGAGUGUGUGUGUGUGUUAGUGUAGUGAAUGCAGAGUGUGUUAGUGUAGUGAAUGCAGUGUGUGUUGGUGUAUGCAGAGUGUGUGUGUGUAGUAAAUGCAGUGUGUGUUAGUGUAGUGAAUGCAGUGUGUGUGUGUUAGUGUAGUGAAUGCAGUGUGUGUGUGUUAGUGUAGUGUAUGCAUGUAGUGUAAAUGGAGCAUUCCACACACAGUCAGACACACACACAGUCAGACACAAACACACACACACACACACAGAUACAUACAGUCAGACACACACACACACACACACACACACAAAAUCACUCACAUUAACACUUUUUUUUUUUUAUUUAACGCCCCCCAGCCUCCUUACCUUUGGGAGUGCUGGGGGAGGGUUCCUCUUUCUCCCUGGUGGUCCAGUGGCUGCCGGUUGGGCUGAUGGGUUGGCUACUGGGCGGGCGGGCGGCUGGCGAGGGAGCACUUCCUCUGAGCUGACUGCUCAGCUCCCUUGCGCGCCGCACAGUGAGGCUGGGAGUCGGGUUGAUGAUGUCAUAUUCCGGCUCCCAGCCUCACUGUGCGGCGCGCGAGGGAGCUGAGCAGUCAGCUCAGAGGAAGAAUGCAGAGAAUGCAGGCGCCAGCCGCCCGCCGGACCAUCAGCGGCGUUUUUUUGCCGCCCCCUGAAAAAUGGCGCCCAAGGCAAAUGCCUUGUUUGCCUCGCGGCUAAUACGUCCCUGCUUACAAGCUCUUCCCUCUCUGUAACUCCCGCGAGUGCGGUGUGCGUGCCGCGCGGAGCGUUGCCAUGGUAACCAGUGGCAACGCUCUGAUUGCCGUGGGUCUCGCGAGAGUUACAGAGAGGGAAGAGCUUGUAAGUACACUUGCAGUCCGCUGGGCCCCUUCUGCAAGUACAUAGAUAGCGAUAUUCACUAUCUAUGUGUGCAGAGAGGGAAUGUGGGGCCCAGGACUGCCAGAGCAGUCCGGGCCCCCCAGGACCGCCGGGCCCGUCACAACCAUCAUGGUUGUCACCCCCUGAUGGCGGCCCUGCCUUGCAAUCACAUAUUCUGCAUGAAAAAAAUUGUUUAAUUUUCAGAUGUAAACUUACUGUAGAAGUUAUCUCCUGCACUAUACAUGAACUUUAAUUACAUACAGGAGGUAUGUAAGGUCCUUGGAAGCUAUUACAAGGGCAGGAGACAAGAAAUUCUGAUUCAAACAUAAUGUAUUUUAAAGGAAGUUUUAAUAUUAGAGCUCUCUUUACAGGACGUGUUUAGGAAGGCUGUGUAAGUCACAUGCAGGGAGGUGUGGCUAUGUCAGCAUAAACAAAGUGAAUUAAAACCUAAAAGGCAGAUAAUUGAGCAGUGAGGCUAUACACCAAAAUUGCUUCAUUAAGAUGAAGUUGUUUUGAUGCCUAUAGUGUCCUUUUAAUUAUCUUGUAUAUGUAUUUUUUUUAACAUGUUUGCUGGUUUAAAAAAAAUAACUGUCAAGUGGUGCAGAGUGAAUCUCAAAGUUUGGCGUAAAAUGGGAAAUUCAUUUUGAAUUUAUUUUACAGGUGUUUGUAUUCCUAACACUUUAGUAAAAUAUAGCCCCUCCCUUUACAAAAAAUUAAAGUUACCUCUCCUCUUCCACAUAAAGGAGCAUUGGGGAUCUAAGGCGCAUGCACAGUCCUUUAACGUUUCUAACAAUUUACACUUUAGUUUAUAAACAUUCUUAAUGUAUUAAACUGGAAACCAAAUCAGAAGGGCAAACCUUCUAGAACUGUGACUUUAGUGGAUCUUUUCUACAUCAGCUAGAUUUGCUUAAAUUUAGUCAUUCGAUGUUUAAUUCACCACAUUUCAGUGUUUAGUUGAAUUUUUCUAUAUAUAUUAACCAUUACUGCAAUUUUGUACAAAAUUAGUACUCAGACUCUUAAUACAGUCAUUGUUCCUUUAUAUACACAGCUAUGGUGAUCAUUUGGACAGAGAGCUCCGUGAAGAGCAAGCAACUGAGAGUACUCCGAAUGAAAAUGCAGAGGAAGUCCCCCAUGAAAAUGCAGAGGGAAUACCACAUGAUAAUGCAGAGGAAGUCUCCCAUGAAAAUGCAGAGGGAAUCCCCCAUGAGAAUGCAGAGGGAAUCCCCCAUGAGAAUGCAGGAGUCUCACAUGAGAAUGCAGAGGGAUUCCCCCAUGAAAAUGCAGAGGGAUUCCCCCAUGAAAAUGCAGAAGGAGUCCCACAUGAGAAUGCAGAGGCGAUCCCACAUGAGAAUGCAGAAGCGAUCCCACAUGAGAAUGCAGAGGGAAUCCCACAUGAGAAUGCAGAGAGAAUACCACAUGAGAAUGCAGAGAGAAUACCACAUGAUAAUGCAGAGGAAGUCCCCCAUGAAAAUGCAGAGGGAAUCCCCCAUGAGAAUGCAGAGGGAAUCCCCCAUGAUAAUGCAGAGGGAAUCCCCCAUGAUAAUGCAGAGGGAAUCCCCCAUGAGAAUGCAGAAAGAGUUGCACAUGAGAAUGCAGAAGGAGUUGCACAUGAGAAUGCAGAGGGAUUCCCCCAUGAAAAUGCAGAGGGAAUCCCCCAUGAUAAUUCAGAGGUGAUCCCACAUGAGAACGCCGAGGGAUUCCCCCAUGAAAAGGCAGAAGGAGUCCCACAUGAGAAUGCAGAAGGAGUCCUACAUGAGAAUGCCGAAGGAGUCCCACAUGAGAAUGCAGAGGCAAUCCCCCAUGAGAAUGCAGAUGGAGUCCCCCAUGAGAAUGCAGAGGGAGUCCCCCAUGAGAAUGCAGAAGGAAUCCCCCAUGACAAUGUAGAAGGAAUCCCCCAUAAGAAUGCAGAGGGAAUCCCCCAUGAUAAUUCAGAGGCGAUCCCACAUGAGAAUGCAGAGGCGAUCCCACAUGAGAAUGCAGAGGCGAUCCCACAUGACAAUGCAGAGGCGAUCCCACAUGAGAAUGCAGAGGGAAUCCCCCAUGAGAAUGCAGAGGGAAUCCCCCAUGAGAAUGCAGAGGGAGUCCCCCAUGAGAAUGCAGAGACGAUCCCACAUGAGAAUGCAGAGGGAGUCCCCCAUGAGAAUGCAGAGGGAAUCCCACAUGAAAAUGCAGAGGCGAUCCCCCAUGAGAAUGCAGAGGGGAUCCCCCAUGAGAAUGCAGAGGGAAUCCCCCAUGAGAAUGCAGAGGGAAUCCCCCAUGAGAAUGCAGAGGGAGUACCCCAUGAGAAUGCAGAGGGAAUCCCCCAUGAUAAUUCAGAGGCGAUCCCCCAUGAGAAUGCAGAGGGAAUCCCCCAUGAGAAUGCAGAGGCAAUCCCACUUGGAUUCAACAUAAAAUCCUUCAAUGUGAGCACCAAACCUAUUGUCACCACAAACUCCUUUAAUCUGACCGCCAAACUUCUUGUCUCCACAAAGGCCUUCAAUGUUACUCCUAAACAGAUCAUCAAAACAAAACUCUUCAAUGUGACCACAAGGCCCCAAUCAGUAACUACCAAUAAUUUCAAAGAGAAGACAAAGGCUCAUGAUGUUCCUGGCAGACUCUCAAUUGUGACAGCAAAGAGUCCUAAUUUAGUGACGGUAGGUCAUAACGUGGCCAAGAAGUCUUCAGAUGUGAUCAUCAAGAAUUACAACUUGACCAUGAUGUUUAAGGCUAACACAACAGCCCUUUCUAAACCCAUUAAACUCCAAAAACCCACUCUACCCCCUCUGGACUAUGGGGACACGUAUACUAUGGACGACACGUAUUUAAAAUCUGUAAGUCUUUGCUCUCUUUAGAUCAUCCAAGUAUUUCACUCUCUAUUGAGGCAUGGUGCCAUUUCUUCUGUGUAGUUCUACAUGUCAGAUCACUAAUCAACUAUGUUAGGACCCACACAUCUGUAUAUUUAGCUUAAAUCUGAAAUGCCACUACUUUUCCUUAACAACUAAAAUAAGAAAAUCUUACUUUACUUUUUCCGACUCAUGGCGUCCUCUGGUAUGAUCCAAUCCAAUGCUCCUCAAAGAGUAAUAAUGGGGACCUGAUAGGCAUUCUCAGCGAAAGCAUCCUCGUAAGAAAGCAUUGAUUCAAUGCUCUACAAUUGGUGCUUCUUCAUCACAUGCCCGAGUUUUACUUUGCAGGAUUUAGAGAACAAGGGCAUCGAACCAAGGCCAGUCUGGUUCUGUAAGUUGCCAUUGAUAUUUUAUUUUUUUCUGCUGCCAUCUGCCUUUUUAAAGGUGCAUUUUAAUUGAUCUAACUGUCCAAAAUGAUUUAACUCAUGACAACAAAGAAAUAAAUGAUCUUACAAACAGCAAUAAUUACUGAGUAAUGGAUAUAUGCUGAAAUAUAGGUUUUCUAAACACCCUAGAAAUGAAAGGACUAUGGGAUCCUGAGUUCGGCCAAAGGAAGUCCAGUUCUUAAAACUCUGUGGCUAGGGGAUACCCAGCUCUCUGGUGAAGAGGCUAUAAACCAACCUCAGUCCCUUCAUCCGAGCCCUUAUGCACCGAAACACGGAAUUCCACGUCCCACUAACAUAAUCCAUAUAAAAUAGGUCUACCUGCCUAACCCCCUUUUUGUUUUAUCUCUGAUCCCAUAAUUAAUAGGACUGGGGCGAUUUUAAAUUGCAAAAUAGGGCAACUUUUUCAAGAGGCAGUAGGCAAGCAAAAGAUAUUUUGUACAUUUAAGCAGUUUUAAGGUAUAUUGGUAACUAUAGUUUUUAAACCUACUGUAAUUAUAAUGGAGUUCGAGUCCUGUAAAGCUCUUAUAUAACAAAGGGUAGCAAGGAAUGGUAGAGCUUAAAGAGAGACUGUCAGCCAAAAAGGCAUAUUUGCCCUCUACAACUAUUAAUAAAUGAGACAAAAUGUCUUGCAGUCUAUAUUAGAUAUCUUGACUAAACUUUAUGACCUUGGUAGUUUCCCAGAGUUCCACCCCUGCCUUCCAGGAAUGUAUCCAUAGCAAAGCUAUUGUCUUUACUAAAACUAUCUGUACAUUCUAUGUUACGAACGUAAAGAGGAUUAAGCGACAGUUACUCGUCACAAGUGAUCAUCAUCUAGUGAAUACCAGGUACAAGAUAAUGUUUAGUGCAAUUUCUAUUUGCAGCUAAUUAUACAAUGUGACCUUUCCGUGGCUUACAGGUUCAAUAUUUCCUAUAGCGGAAUAUUUAUUAAACAGUGAAAAUUGUGCUGUAGUGUCUGCAGAAGUUAGUAAAGUGCUUUUAGUUUUAAAAGGGGAUAGAUUCACGUAAUCAAAAUAUAAUUUGGGCUUUUUAUAAAUCAAUGGCAAGACCCCGCCUUGAACAUGCAGUGCAAAUUUGGGCAUCCGUUUUAAAGAAGGAUAUAAGUGCAGAGACAGGCUGCAAAAUUAGUAAGGGGGAUGGAAAACAUUAGUUAUGAAGUAAGGCUGGGGAAACUGCAUUUUUUUUCUAUAGUAAAAAGGCGCCUCAGAGGAGAUAUGAUAGCACUAGACAAAUAUAUACAGGGUCAGUACAAACCACUGUGUGCUAACCUGUUAAUUAAUCGGAAUACAGCUACACAACUGACAAGAAAUCACCAAUUGAGACUGGAAGAAAGGAGUUUUUCACUUGCAGAAGAGGAAAGGGUUCUGUACAGUAAGAACAAUAAAGGAAUUCUCUGCCUAAAGAGGUUGUCUUAUCAGAUACAUUUAGGAUAUAAUUGAUAUAUGUACGUGAACAAGUUUUUGAGCGAAAGAAAAUUCUGAUUGUUAUUAUGGAGUCAGCAAGGGGGCAUAAUUAGAAAUGUCUACAAUUGUUUGGUUUGGCUUAUGGUUGGAUGGGAUAGCGUUAACUACCAACAAAUAAUUUAGAUUCUAAACAUAUGAGGCAUUUAACAAUCAGGGCUGAUAUGUGACUCAAUUUGAGUUAUUUUUCUCAAAAUAGAUUUUAUAAUUAUUUUACUUAUUUUAUAAUGUUUAACAUUUUAUUUAUUUUUAAUGUGUUAGGUGUACAUAUAAGCAGAGAGGGCUUGAAACAUAUGGCUUCGGGGGCAACAACACUUUAGUGGUCCAUAGUGCAAUUUUACCAACCCACCCAUUAAUAUCACCGAUAGACACAAGUACACAAACAAAAUAGAUGUGUUAAUAGACAUACCAGAUAAUUGAAUAAAAAUAAUUAAAGUGCUAUGCACUUGGACAUUAACAUGAGAAAAGUGGUUUGAUAGCCGCCUGGGGAGCAAUUGCGCACUGGGCACUAGGACAUCACUAAUCAAUAAGGGAGAUAUCCAAACCAGUUGAGCAUUUAGCUAAAUAAUGUCCUGAAGGAUUUUCCUGCAUAAUAUUUUAUUUAUUUAUAAAAUAUUUUAUCAGGAUGGAUACAUUGAGAUUUCUCUCGUUUUUAAGUAUGUCCUGGGUCCACAAAACAUUGCAUUGUUACAAUAGGAUACAAUAUUACAAAAAAUACAUACUAUAUAUAUAUACAUACACACACACACACACACAUAAAUUUAACCCAUAACAGGUGAUAAAUAUAUUCAACCAUGACAAGUGCAUUCUGUGCUGAGGUAUAUUGCCAUAGAUCUCUUAAAAGAUUUUAGAUUGAUUUGACUGCGUCCCUGAGGUUAUUCCAUAAUUGUGGUGCUCUGUAGGAAAAUGAGGAUCGAGACACUUUAUUUUUGUAUUGCGGUAUGCUACAUAUCGUGCUAGUACAGGAUCGGAGGUUAUAGGAGGUGGGAACAGCUGGGGAGAACAUUCUAUUCAGGUAGGGUGGGAACGAAUUAUAGAAUGUUUUAAGUUUAUUAAGGUGGGUUUGCAAUGCAGGGGAAUAGACCACAUCCCCAAAAUCAAUGACUGGCAUUAGCAUUUGUUGCACGGUUUCCUUACUGUAUGGUUUAGGCAGGAGUUGUUUCUGUACAGGGCACCUAGUUUUGGGUAAAGUUUUGAAGAGAUUUUUUCAAUGUGAAGGCCAAAGGAUAGAUUGGGGUCUAGCAACAUACCUAAAUAUUUAAAAGAACAGGCUGCUGUCAGUGUGCUAUUUUGAAUUUGUCCUGAUACAUACUUGUUGAUUUUGCAGCUUACGUAAUUUAAGUACAGUUCCAAAGAUCAUUGUAACUGUGUGGUCAGUGUUUGGGAAGAGUUUGUUAUCCGCUAUCCAAUUUUCGACCUCUGUGAAUUGGUUUUGGAGCACAGCCUCAAGCUGCGGUAGAUUGGAUUUACUAGCGUAGAUUACAGUGUCGUCUGCGUACAUGUGUACAGUUGAGGAUUUGCAGACUUUGGGCAGAUCAUAAAUCUGUGAAUAGUAGGGGGCCGAGUAUGGAGCCUUGGGGAACACCACAAGUUUCUGGAAGAGGGAGGCACUUUCAGAAAUGGCCACAUAUUGCAAUCGGCCUUAAACAUAUGAUCGAAACCAGGUUAGCGUAAACAUAUAAUCGAAACCAGGUUAGCGGACAAUUACCAAUGCCUGAUUUUUUAAGUUUUUGCAAAAGGAUGCCAUGGUCUACUGUGUCAAAUGCCUUGGCAAAAUCAAGGAAAGUAGCUCCAGUUAAGUCUCCUUGUUCCAUGCUAAUUUGGAUGCCUUUGCAAACUUUUAAGAGGACAGCCGAAGUUGAGUGAUUUGGACGAAAGCCUGAUUGAUCAUGGGUCAGAUAAGUUGAUCGUUGAUAAUAUUCACAUAGUUGUGUGUGGACGCAUUUUUCCGAGAUUUUUGACAAUACAAGGAGCAAUGAUAUCGGGCGAUAGUUAGAUACCAAAGUCCUGUCACCACUUUUAUGGAUAGGUACAACUUUUGCAGUCUUCCAAAGAUUGGGUAUGUAUCCUGACACCAGGGAUUCAUUGAUUAGGGUAGUGACAGCUUUAGCAAUUGCUGGCGCACUGAGCUUCAGCAACAUUGCUGGGAUUUGAUCUGGUCCACACUGAGCUUCAGCAACAUUGCUGGGAUUUGAUCUGGUCCACACUGUUUUUUCAUUUUUAAAUUAUUAAGAUGUUCAUUAACGACACUAACGGGCACAGGUCUAAAAUGGAAUUUCUCUAUAUGAGGAUUUUGAAGAUUUGUCAGAGCCUGAUGUUUAUUUACGGUCUGACAAUGAGUGUCAUUGUUAUCUUAGCAACCAGGGUGGUGGCACACCCAACAAAAUAAUUAUUAAAGGCAUUUGCUAAAUGUAGGGGGUGUUGCAGUGUUUGGCUGUCCAUUUUGACAGUGGAGGGUUGGGAGUGGAUGGUGGGGGUUUGUAUGCCAGAAGUUUCUUGGGUUUGACAGGUUGUUCAAAUUUUCACAGAAAUAUUGGGCCUUUGCCAUUUUUGUUUGUUUUGUGCAUAUAUUUCCCCAAUGUCUGAAAGUACAGUGAUCGUUCAUGGAGCCAGUACGCUUGAACUUUGACCACAAUAAAUCUCUAAACUGGUACAUUUGAAUGAGGUUAGUGUAGCGGAACGCCAAUAAAUAAUCCACGAAUUCCGCUGGUUCAGAAACGAAUCCACAGUCAAACGCUGAAACAACAAGGCAAUAUCCCCAACCUCCCAGUAACCGGACGAGACACAGUUCUGAGAGUCAACUGAAAUCCUUUUAAUCGGCUGGACAAUUUAUACAAGUCCCCAUGCAAGGGGUUUCCUGAGUCCCUUCCCAGGGGCACUCCCAGAGGGGACUACAUGGGGGACUUACAGUACAGCAUAUUUCUCCCAUCAGGCACUGCUGCACGAGAGGGAUCAUCUUCCCAGAAUGCACCGUUAAGUGAAUUAUCCCCUCGUGCAGCAGAACCGACAAUUUAAACAAAAAUACAUAACUUGUUAAAUAUAUGGUGGAUUUACACGAAUGGACGUUCGGUAGAUAGCUGGGGUCUGAGCGCAUCAUUCGAAUGGCUAUUUGUAGUACUGUGCGUUCGACGACCUCGCACCGCUGAGGGAACAAAGGAUCCAAGAUGGCCGACCGCCGCAUGGUCGGUAGUCGAACGACGGCCACCCAGGAGAGCCUCUGAUAACCGAUUGCAACAAUGUUGCAAUCGGUUAACUAGCGCCACACGCCUCUAAGUGUGUGGGCUAUUAGGGGGUAUCGCGUUCGGUUCACGAACGGCUCUCCAAAGUACCGUUCGUGAAACGAAAGAAACCCCCAUACAAAACCGCCAUUUGCAUUCGGCAAACGGCAAUGCAAAACAUACAUACAGCAUACACAUGAAAUGAAGCACAUAUCUCUCUAGACAUACAGGCAACCCUUAAAGGCACAGUCUCUUUGUAUUGUCCAAGUGGCUAGGUUUGCCACAGUUAGCUGUAACCCAGGACAGGUGUGUCCCUUUUAGUUGCACUUUACGCAGAGGGGCAUGCAAAUUCCAAACACGCAAGCGCUCGGACUGAAAAAAUGCAAUUGCAGAGUCUAGACCUGGUAUUGGACCUAAUCUGUGCCAUGGUAUAUUCUUGAGAUUGUUUACAAAGGAUUCAAGAUUACAUUUUGUGAAAGACCUGGCGAUUAUAAUCUUGGGAGGGGAUUUAAUGGCCUUUAUUUUGCGUAUGCAAUACACUAGACGGUGGUCACUGAAACUGUUAGAGAGAACGCCCAGCUCCUGGAUUCUGUCAGGACAACUGGAGAGAAUCCAAUGUAGCAAGGUAUGGUGUAACGGAUCACCUGGCACCCCGACUGGGUACCUCCGUUGAAGGAUGCUCCUAGCACUUCCUGAGGGCUCCAAGCACUCCAGCCGACACCAUAACCACUGUAGACUCCUUCCGAGAGCAAGACAGGAACAAGCUCUUAAAAGAGCUUAGAAGUGAUUAUCCAAGGGAGCAUGCAGAGCAUAGCAAUCCCUUGUAGUGAUAUAGCAAUUCCCCCAAUAAGAGACAGGACUCUAGAUUGAGGGUGAAGAAGAACUGAACUUUUCUUCAAACACUCUGCUUUUAUGCCCAUUCUACAAACAUAGUACUGCCCACAGGGUUUUGAAGUACAACCAAUCAAUAAAUAUAAUACACUUAGACACUCCCAUACAAAAUCCUCCCCUCUGCCUGUGAUAUAAUUACUAAACACAAUGGGCUAACAUAAUUAUCACAGGCAGGAAAAUACACAGUUUUGCACAAUAUUCAUAACUGUAAAAGUAUGCAUCACAUUCACAUAAAACUUACAUUUUCAGAAUCAGUAUACUCCAAAUACAAACUUACUAUUUGUAUGCUCCAAAUACAGCAUACUAUUCAUAACAACAGCAAAAAUACACAAAAAUACAUAAUUCCUAUCAACAGAACCCCCACACUCAAUAUAUCCAAACAGCGCUCAGAUCCCACAAACACAGUCAAAUCGCCAUGGGGUUUAGGUUUAGCAUGGGCUGAUGAGAGUGGGCCAUAGUCAUGAGGCAGGAGGCUGGCAAUCAGGCUUCUCCAUAAGCCAAGGACACAGGGCAAUUUGUCACAUAAAAUCCCAGAAGUUUGUAACAUAUGGCUCUGGCUUUUAAUAUUAAUGUGAGUUGGGGAGGAAAUUAAUUGUGUUAGCUGCAAAGUCUUAAACAGUGAACAUGAUUUAUUAUUUCUAGGAUUCAGCCAAUCAAUAUUAAAAUCUCCAAUAACCAACAGUUAACUUUUUUGGUUUUGAGCAGUUUCACAUAGUAGUUGGGCUAUGUCAGAAAGGGAGUGCACCGGAGAGCUAGGUGGGUGGUAGAUUGCAGCAACAAUUAUAGUUUUACUGAAAGGGAUCUCAAUUGUGCCAGAAAGGAAAUCAAAGGCAGAAGGGGAGUUAUAGUUUUUUAAAGGAGUAAAUAUUAUGGACUUGUCAAUAUAAAUAACAAUGCCACCUCCUCUCUUUGCUCUGUCAUUUCUAAAACAUGAUUACCCCUGUAUUGCAAUGGCGGUGUCUGGUAUUUUAGUCGUUAACGAUGAUUCGGGGAGCACAAUGAUUUUUGGUUUGUAAUGGGAACACCAGGCUUGCAGUGCAUUCAGUUUAGGGAGUAAGCUAUGCAUGUUGCAGUGCACAAAAGAGAGGCCUUUUUUAGUGGGGAGAUUAAGACUAGAAUUAGCUGGGGGACCAGGGUUAGACUCCACAUCAUUUGCAAAGGCAAGUAACAUAAGGAAUAGGAAUGUGGGCAUCAUUUUUGUUUGACCAUAUAAUGAAUGCGAUACUUUAUAAUUUUGUGAGGUGGAGGUAAGAUGGCUAUUUUUUAUAACUUUCCACCAGCACUCAGCAGAUAAGUUACAGCAACAGAGCAGGCCAUGGUGUAUGAUAAUUCGUUUUCCAGUUUGAGAUGUGUGCAUAAAACAUGUAUAUAAUGCCAAUGAUGAGUUAAUGCGUAAACGUGGUAUAUCAUCCCAAUGAUUAGUAAAAUGCAUAAACUUGGUCUAUCUUGACAAUGAUUACUUAAUAUAUAAACUUGGUAUAUCACGCCAAUGAACAGUAAAUUCAUAAAAUUCGCAUAAUAUGCCAAUGAGCCAUAUGUGCCCCCAAAGCCUGCCAAUGACAUUUGUGCUGCCAAACCUGCCAGUGCCAUCUCUCUGCCCCCAGCCUCUCUGUGCCAUCUCCCUACCCCCAGCCUCUCAGUACCAUCUCUCUGCCCCAGCCUCUCUGUGCCAUCACUUUGACCACAUCCUCUCUGUGCCAUCUCUCUGCACCCAGCCCCUCUGUGCCACCUGUGCCCCAGCCUCUCUGUGUUGUCUCUUUGCCCCCAGCCUCUCUGUGCCACCUCUCUGCAUCAUCUCUCUGCCCCCAGCCUCUCUGUACCAUCUCUUUGCCCCCAGCCUCUCUGUGCCAUCUCUCUGCCUAAGCCUCUCUGUGCCAUCUGUCUGACCCGAGCCUCUCUGUGCCAUCUCUCUGCACCCAGCCUCUCUGUACCAUCUCUGCACCCAGCCUCUCUGUGCCAUCUGUCUGACCCGAGCCUCUCUGUGCCAUCUCUCUGCACCCAGCCUCUCUGUGCCAUCUCUGCCCCCAGUCUCUCUGUACCAUCUCUCUGCCUAAGCCUCUCUGUGCCAUCUGUCUGACCCGAGCCUCUCUGUCCCAUCUCUCUGCACCCAGCCUCUCUGUGACAUCUCUGCCCCCAGCCUCUCUGUACCAUAUCUCUGCCAAAGCCUCGCUGUGCCAUCUGUCUGACCCGAGCCUCUCUGUGCCAUCUCUCUGCACCCAGCCUCUGUGCCAUCUCUGCACCCAGUCUCUGUGUCAUCUCUGCACCCAGCCUCUCUGUGCCGUCUCAUUGCCCCCAGCCUCUAUGUGCUGUCUCUUUACCCCCAGCCUCUCUCUGCCUCAGCCUCUCUGUGCCAUCUGUCUGACCCGAGCCUCUCUGUGCCAUCUCUCUGCACCCAGCCUCUCUGUGCCAUCUCUGCCCCCAGUCUCUCUGUACCAUCUCUCUGCCUAAGCCUCUCUGUGCCAUCUGUCUGACCCGAGCCUCUCUGUGCCAUCUCUCUGCACCCAGCCUCUCUGUGCCAUCUCUGCCCCCAGCCUUUCUGUACCAUAUCUCUGCCAAAGCCUCGCUGUGCCAUCUGUCUGAUCCGAGCCUCUCUGUGCCAUCUCUCUGCACCCAGCCUCUGUGCCAUCUCUGCACCCAGUCUCUGUGUCAUCUCUGCACCCAGCCUCUCUGUGCCGUCUCUUUGCCCCCAGCCUCUAUGUGCUGUCUCUUUACCCCCAGCCUCUCUCUGCCUCAGCCUCUCUGUAUCAUCUCUCUGCCCCCAGCCUUUCUGUACCAUCUCUCUGCCCCCAGCCUCUCAGUGCCAUCUCUCUGCCCCCAGCCUCUCCGUGCCAUGUCUCUGCCCCCAGCAACUUUCUCAGCCACUCUGCUUGCAUCCCCAGUACUUGCUCUGUACCCAGAUGGAUGACAUCCCCUGUAUUUACCCCAGGACCCAGAUGGCAUGCCCUGCAUUUACCCCACAACCCAUUAACCCCAAGAUUUAGAUGGUAUCUUCAGGACCUCCCUGGUGUCUAUUGGGAGGCACAGUCUACAUUCUGUCUGUCUUUCGUCCUCUCCACAUAUUUGGUAAAGUCAGAGGUCAUGGGUCAUGUGACUUGCGACCUCUGACUUUCCGAGACAUGUGGGGAGUGCGAGAGUCAGACAGGUAGGAUGUAGACUGUGCACAUACACCACACCGUCUGUCUCCCUCUCCCCGCAGAGGCGGCUGACUAGCUGCCAGCUGCAAAAUAUACCGGUAAUGCUGCUUGUAUAUUCCUAAUUCUGGCACUUGUUGGAUGACCACAGCGGCCGGUAUCGCUAGAGUUUUGGGCGGCCUCCCAGCCUGCUCCUGCAUAAAAGAUAAAAUAAACAAUUUUUGUAAAAAAAAAAAGAGAAAGAACGCGAUAUAUAAUAUGUAUGGGUGCACUUCAAGUGGAACCUUUAUAUUAUGGUGAAACAAACAUGUAGCACACAUUCUAGGUUUUGUUUUCGGUUCAUCUUUAAAGGGUUCAUAAUUACACCCCCUCAUUGUCUUACACCUUUAUUUACAUUUAUUAUUUAUUUAUUAUUCUUUCUUGUGCCAGAGCUCAUUGCGCCUCUUACUCUCCAGUUCGUUUUCCUCUGUCCGUAAUGUCUGCAGUUUGCACUUCUAUGUGAUUAUUUUACUGAUGGUUGUGGGUAUAUUACCUUUGCAACUAAAGCAUAGUUUUAAUUUAGCCCCUCCCCUCGUUCCCCUCCACAGACCUGUCCGAAACGCACAAGAGAUACGCUGCGCACUGGAGAAUUUAAGGAUGCAUUCUUGGAUACCAUUCCAGUUUUGCAAUGGAAAAAAUAUGCAAAUGUGUCAGAAUAUCAAAGACUACAGAAAUACGGGGGGGCGUUUGGAUGGAGUGGGGUCACAUGGGACAGUAAGUCAUUGAUUUGUAACGUAGACUGAAUACAUCCUUACUAAUACAAUAAAAUGUUAGUUUCAUGGGCUUUUACAGUUGCACUCCCAUUAGAAACUUUAUUUGUACCAUUAAGAUCUCCCUGGAAUUUAUAAAUGUUCCGUUGUUUAAUUCAAACGUACCUGUAAUCUAAUUUAACACAAUAACCUUGACUUAUUGUGGGUAUGGUUCAGGCUGUGAAAAACAUCACAUUUCCUUUUCAUUAUACAGUGGAAUCAAUGUAUUAGUUAAAAUCCUAUGUUCUGAUUGGAUACUUUUUUCACAUGCUUGCUGUUGUCAUUUUCAAACAUGUGCUCCUCCACCUGGAAUACACUCAUAUUUCCAAAUUGGGCUCGGUUAUUUAUAGACUAUGAUUAAUUAACAAAUUGAAAUUCGAGGCAAGUUAGCUCAUAUAGGAAAAUACGCUAACCAUUUUGUAAUUUAAACCACUAAAACUCAAUGUUUACAGAAUAAAAUCGCCGGGAAUUUAAAAGUAAAUUUGACAUGUUAAUCCACGUAGCCAAACUGGAAAAAAAAACAAUAAUAUUUUGGCCUAAACGUUUAAAUCAACUUUGAAUUCCCAACAAGUCACACUUUACUUUGGUAAUUUAAAUGUCCUAUGCCAAUGCUAUGCUUGAUAAAGACCCGGUAGGUUCAAAACGUUGCUGCUUUUGCCCCAAAAAGCUGCUAUUUUUGUUACCCCAGAGUGCUUGAACCAUUAUUUAUUCUGCAUAUUUUGGAAGGAAGGCCUGGCCAGCCCUGGUUUCAGAGCACCUGGGUUACUUGGUGAGUGCGGUAUCCAGUACGUCUCUACUAUGGGACACUGUAGGCACUAUAAUCAUUCCAUGUCUUUGAAUUGGUUAUCUUGCCUGGAGUCACCUGGCACCGUCCCCAGUACGUCUCUACUAUGGGACACUGUAGGCACCAUAAUCAUUCCAUGUCUUUGAUUUGGUUAUCUUGCAUGGAGUCACCUGGCACUGUGCCCAGUACGUCUCUACUAUGGGACACUGUAGGCACCAUAAUCAUUCCAUGUCUUUGAUUUGGUUAUCUUGCCUGGAGUCACCUGGCACCGUCCCCAGUACGUCUCUACUAUGGGACACUGUAGGCACUAUAAUCAUUCCAUGUCUUUGAAUUGGUUAUUUUGCCUGGAGUCACCUAGCACCGUCCCUCUAUUCAAUGUAAAAACAUUUUUGAGCAGUUUGGGUAUAUUACCUUGGCAAUUGAAACAUUUUAAUUUAGAUUAUUCAGUGGCUACACUGAAUGACAGCUAUAUUUAAACUAUUUAAAGCUAGCAACUAUUAGUUAUAAUAAGACUCCAGCGUUAAUGGUACGUGUUUGUGUACUGAACACUAGAGUGUUCCAUUAAUGGUUUGAAAUAGUUGGACAGGGAGCUGGGAAUGGGCAGAACACCCUUGAAAUACAUUAAAAUAUAAUUGUUGUUUGUGUUAAAUACUUAUUAAGUCUUGCCUUUUCAUGUUGGGUGUUAUUCCAUCUAGUUGUGAACGAGACUUUAAACCUACUAAAUGCUUCGAAUGGCGGUUACCUCUUUGACAACUGGAAAGGACGUCGCCCGUGUGUGCGUUGUGCUGUUCUAGGAAACGGUGGUAUAAUGAAUGGAUCUGGCAUGGGGAAAGAGAUCGACGCACAUGACUACGUUUUCAGGUAGGAAUCUGCUAAAAGGGUUCUACAAAUUGAACUACUUUUGACUGUGCCACUUUAUUAAUGCAUGGUUUUAUUUAUUUUUUUCCACUUAAUUUUUUCUUAGGGUUAAUGGCGCCAUAACAAAGGGAUUUGAAAAGGAUGUUGGAAACCGGACAUCAUUCUUCUUUUUCUCAACAAACACGCUGAUGAAUUCAUUAACUGCUUAUGGAAGGCAAGGAUUCAAACAAGUGCCGCGUUCAGAGGUAUUCAGAUUGUCCGGGAAACACUCAUGAUGCACGGACAGUUUGAAGCUUAUAAACUUAUCGAAAUCAAAUCGCUUGAACUCUCCUCUUCUCUCCGCAGGAAACGCGAUUCCUACUUUUACCGGACCAUGAUCGAGAUUAUCUGCUUGUUCGAGCUGCUCUUACAAACAGCACCAUUGACCGAGGCAAAGACAAGUCCAGAAUGUAGGUUAUGUUUGCACUUUCCCACGGUGCCCUCUUAAUUAAGCAUAGCAGUCUACACCGUGUCCGCCUACUGAAUUUCCAGCAACUUGCUUAAAAUUAGAACAUUUCCCAGGAGUUAGUAGGCAUGGAUCAAGCUGGAGAGGAUUAUAAUAUGAGCAGUACUUGCUAUAGUGCUUGCUAUGUUCAGAGUGUCACAAUUCUUAACUUAUCCAACCUUCCCUUCUCUCUGCAGCCCAGCCCGCUACUUUGGUCAGCAUUUAACCACAGAACAUUUUAAGAUCCUGCACCCAGACUUCAUGCGUUAUUUGAGAAACAGGUGAGGGGAUAUUUUAACCUUGUGCAAAUUCUAUUUCCAGGAACAGUAAGGAUAAUCCAAGCAAGGUUACCAUUAGGGUGCAGAGGCAGGGCUCUGAAGUGGAUUUUGUACUUUGGGGGUCUCAGAGAUGAGGGCGUGGUAAUCAAGCAGCUCUCACAAUCAUCCUUUGUGCCAAUACCUGAGGAGUCCCCUAAGUGCAGAUAUGCCAUAAGACAACAGGGUACACAGCCUGGUCCCCCCCCAUUCCCCCCGCUCAGACAGCAGGGUCUGGGCCCCCCAUUCCCUCCCUCUCAGACAGCAGGUAAGCAGCCUGGGGCCCCCCAUUCCCUCUCUCUCAGACAGCAGGUAAGCAGCCUGGGGCCCCCCAUUCCCCCUCUCUCAGACAGCAGGUAAGCAGCCUGGGGCCCCCAUUCCCCCUCUCUCAGACAGCAGGUAAGCAGCCUGGGGCCCCCCAUUCCCCCUCUCUCAGACAGCAGGUAAGCAGCCUGGGGCCCCCAUUCCCCCUCUCUCAGACAGCAGGUAAGCAGCCUGGGGCCCCCAUUCCCCCUCUCUCAGACAGCAUGUAAGCAGCCUGGGGCCCCCAUUCCCCCUCUCUCAGACAGCAUGUAAGCAGCCUGGGGCCCCCAUUCCCCCCCUCUCAGACAGCAGGUAAGCAGCCUGGGGCCCCCAUUCCCCCCCUCUCAGACAGCAGGUAAGCAGCCUGGGGCCCCCAUUCCCCCUCUCUCAGACAGCAGGUAAGCAGCCUGGGGCCCCCCAUUCCCCCUCUCUCAGACAGCAGGUAAGCAGCCUGGGUUCCCACAGCCUGGGGCCCCCAUUCCCCCUCUCUCAGACAGCAGGUAAGCAGCUCAUUCCCCAUUCCCCUCUCUCAGACAGCAGGUAAGCAGCCUGGGGCCCCCAUUCCCCCUCUCUCAGACAGCAGGUAGCAGCAGCCUGGGGCAGCCUGGGGCCCCCCAUCUCAGACAGCAGGUAAGCAGCCUGGGGCCCCCAUUCCCCCUCUCUCAGACAGCAGGUAAGCAGCCUGGGGCCCCCAUUCCCCCUCUCUCAGACAGCAGGUAAGCAGCCUGGGGCCCCCCAUUCCCCCUCUCUCAGACAGCAGGUAAGCAGCCUGGGGUUCCCACAGGUAAGCAGCCUGGGGCCCCCAUUCCCCCUCUCUCAGACAGCAGGUAAGCAGCCUGGGGCCCCCAUUCCCCCUCUCUCAGACAGCAUGUAAGCAGCCUGGGGCCCCCAUUCCCCCCCUCUCAGACAGCAGGUAAGCAGCCUGGGGCCCCCAUUCCCCCCCUCUCAGACAGCACGUAUUAUUUCACCCUCUCCAGAGAAAGGUUAUGGUAACAACCUUCCUAUACACAGAAUUAGAAUCAAUGUCUGUCUGCAUCAUCGUGAUUCUCUUUGUAAACGUUGUUUACUUUUCGCAGGUUUCUCUGGUCUCCAAUUUUAAAGACUAAGUUUCGGAAUAUAUAUCGUCCGUCCACAGGAGCCGCCAUGCUGCUUGCGGCUGUCCAUACUUGUGAUGAAGUAAGAAAUAUUCUAUGUCCUGUUAUGGUCUGACUCUGAAAUGUACACCUCCUGCCCCAAGGAUAUGGCAGCCAUGUUUAUUUUUUACCCCUUCCUAGUGCCCUCUUUAGCAACACCAGAGGAACAUUCCAUAGUGGGUAACACUUCCAGCCAACCCUCAGACUCUAACUCUUUAAUCAGAAUAAGAACGAUCCGCAGAUCCUGGUCCCCUCUCGAUGUAGCAGAGGGUGUGCUUGUGCCAUACAGAGAACGAAAUGAACGAGAACUGCUCGUGCAAUGGUGGCAGUUGCACUGGCAUGAAAGCACUCGCGCAUGCUUGGCUCCUGCCAUUAAAUAACUUAAGACUUGAAUGUCUGCCCUUGGCUGCACUAUGCUCCAAUUUAUAACACUGGAGUGUGCAAACAAAGUAGCCAGCGUAUCAUUGAUAAAAACUUAAUAAAACAAAUAUUACACACUAUAAAACAAUGCUGCAAUAUUGAUACAAACGAUAAUUGGCAGAAAGUUAACUGACACAAAGUAAAUCCUUCUACAAUCACUGACUUGGUGUCUUGGUAAAAGGUCAGUACGGCAAGAUUUACAGAAGAACUUUUUGAUAAAAAUGCUUUUUGUUGAAAUGUUUACUCAUUCGAUGAGAAGGGUCAACUGUCAUCGCGUUCAUUAUAACAUAGAAAUAUAGAAACAUAGAAUGUGACGGCAGAUAAGAACCAUUCGGCCCAUCUAGUCUGCCCAAUUUUCUAAAUACUUUCAUUAGUCCCUGGCCUUAUCUUAUAGUUAGGAUAGCCUUAUGCCUAUCCCACGCAUGCUUAAACUCCUUUACUGUGUUAACCUCUACCACUUCAGCUGGAAGGCUAUUCCAUGCAUCCACUACCCUCUCAGUAAAGUAAUACUUCCUGAUAUUAUUUUUAAACCUUUGUCCCUCUAAUUUAAGACUAUGUCCUCUUGUUGUGGUAGUUUUUCUUCUUUUAAAUAUAGUCUCCUCCUUUACUGUGUUGAUUCCCUUUCUGUAUUUAAAUGUUUCUAUCAUAUCCCCCCUGUCUCGUCUUUCCUCCAAGCUAUACAUGUUAAGAUCCAUUUAACCUUUCCUGGUAAGUUUUAUCCUGCAAUCCAUGAACCAGUUUAGUAGCCCUUCUCUGAACUCUCUAAGGUAUCAAUAUCCUUCUGGAGAUACGGUCUCCAGUACUGCGUACAAUACUCCAAGUGAGGUCUCACCAGUGUUCUGUACAAUGGCAUGAGCACUUCCCUCUUUCUACUGCAAAUACCUCUCCCUAUACAACCAAGCAUUCUGCUAGCAUUUCCUGCUGCUCUAUUACAUUGUCUGCCUACCUUUAAGUCAUCAAAUAAGAGGACUAAAGGAAAAUAACAUGUAAUGUGUACGCUGCUCUCUAGUGGCUGAUUAAGGUUACUGCCUGAAAAAAUAGAGUUAAACAGAAGGCCUGCUUUGUCCAUUAGGAACAGCUCAUCAAGUUAAAGGGAAACUAUUUUAAAAAUGUCCCCCCCCCCCUCAAUAGUUUUAAGGCAUUAUACAGACUAUGAACAAAGGAGAGGUUGCAUGCAGCUACAGACAGAUUUCUCCACAACCAGGAAAAACAUCUCAUCUCUGGUCUGUGAAGGUCUACUAUUAUCCCAUAAAUCCCCAUCCACUAGCUAUUUAUGGAGUGCAGCUGCUCUGCAAACUGAAAGUAGCGAUACACAGCGAUACAGCACUACUGUAAGCUUAUACACAGGGGAAACCUUCCAAAGCUCGUACCAUCACCUUCCCACAUCACAUCGGAACAAAGUGGGACCCUGUCUACUACAAGCAAGCCAACAAGAAAAGUGCAGGGUCCGUGUCCUAGAAAGGGACAUGGCUUUGGGGGCUUCAGUCAUAUUUGUCGCAUGACCUUGACAUUUUUUGCAAGGAAGCGAUGAAACGCAUUGGUACAAUCUUUAUGAAAUACUGCUCCUAAAUCUAACGAUACCAUAAGCAAAGUAGGACGUCUUUGUCUCCUAGUAAAUCUAAGGUUGACAAAGACUGACAAAGGUGAAGCUCUGCUGUCUUUUGUCCAGUCCCAGCAGCCAUGACAAUUGACGGCUGAGGGAUUCAGACACCGAUCUGCUGAGGCUUCCGUGAGAGUACAGCACUAUCACGGCUCCUGGCAGAUGAAGAGCAUGCUCAGAGAGAAGUUGGCAGCUAAGGGUCAGCUUAGAAAGGUCAAAUAUUUCCCACAAAUCAUCCACAAUUCCAAAUGAACGUGGACCAAUAGGAGUGAAAACCUGCCUAUAUUAACUCACCUCUCCCACUCCUGGCUGUCCUGUUGUGGUUCUUGUUAGUCCAAUAACGUUUUAGUGUAGUUAUCAUUUCUGGUUAUUAUCCUGUGUUUGAUUUAUCUUCAUUCCUGUCUUCUGUACUCCUUUGACCCCAGAUUGUGUAUCUUUUAUCCUGAUCUCUGUAUCCCUUUGACCACUGCUUUUUUUCUUUGACUCUGUUCAUUGUUAGCCCGGCACUCGAAGGACCAGUAUACAGAAAGUCUGCCUUUUGUGUUUGGUCUGUGAGUUUUGGUUCCUACGGAUCCUGACACUUAAGAGAACUUUUUAGUUUACUUUUAGCUUUUAAGAAUACGUUUUUUAGGAGUUAAGUUUUACCUUGUUUUGCCUCAAACCAAAUUUGAGUGAAAAGUCAAUGCACUAUUAAGGCAGUUUUAAAAAAAAUAUUUCAGAAUAUAUAUAUAUAUUCUCUCUCUAUAAAAACUCAGAUGUGACAGGAUUACUAUAACACAUCUAACUGUACGGGAAUAUUUUACUAAACGAAAGACUAUUUUUUAAUUAGAAAAGGCUGCAUUUAGCAUUUUUCCUCCUUUGGAUUUUCUGUAAAUUCUUGUUUGACUCUAUAUUUAUUUAUUUAUUUAUAUCAGUGGUGAGAAAAUCUUAAACUGUCUAUGAUUUAUGUCCCGCUGGCACCUUGUGCAUGUACACUUUACUACGGGGAAACUAUAUUUAAAAAAGCAUGUUAAAAUAAAAAUGUCUGUGAAAAUUUUUUUUUUUUUAAAUUCACCUUUUUUGUUAAAUAUGGAUGUUGUACGCUGCAGAAAUAUUUACCAAACCACCUACUGUCCUUCUCUCUUAGGUUAACGCUUAUGGAUUCAUGACACCAAACUACGCUAAGUUCUCAGAUCAUUACUACGAUGCCAAAUAUAAAAAGGUUGUUUUCUACGCGAAUCACAGUUUCCGUAAAGAGAUGGAAGUGUGGCAGAAUUUGCACAAAGCGGGCGUUAUUAAACUGUAUAUGAGGAACGGAGACAGUAAUCCACAGGAGCAAGCGUACAAUCAGAGGACUUGAAUUUGAGGCUUGUAUCAAGUCAAGAUCGGCUGAGACAAAGAAGCGGCUGUUUAAAUCUGCAAAAUGUCCAGUGUCCCGAUACGUGCCUUGACGUAUCUGCAUCAAGGGAGACUGGCAGUGCCAGCCUCGGCAGUCGUGCGAUUGUUCGGCAAUUUUGCAUGACAUGACACGGAAAUUAACGUUUUGAAAUUGUCCUUAUUGACAACCACAAUCAAUGCAACAUAUUGUGUACCAGAGAACAAUAAGUGCUGGUGGGAGAUUUACACAUUUAUUUAUAUAGUAAUAACACUGAUACGGUUUUAUGGAGGUGACGAAGAGUAUGCUGGGAUAUUGCUUUACUUUCUCGUAAAACACUAAGUAUCCUCAGUGGUGCACAUAUCUGUCCCUCAUGUGAAUAUUUCACCAGGCUGGUCUUUGGGAAUUUGUAGAACACAUCAGGAAUUGGGUACUAUUUACAGGCUUGAAGUCUGUUCUUAUUUAUUAUCUGUUGUAAUUUUGCAAAAGGGUACUAAACUGGCCGUUGGGCUAACGUUCUAUUUAACUAAUGUAAUUAUAAUAAUGUAAUAACAGUUCACACUCCACGUUUGGCUGUAGGAACCAAUCACAGGAUUGGUACAGAAUGGUGAAGAGUACAGGUAACUAAUUCAGCAUUCUGACUAUGUAAUGAAGUAACACAAAACAAGCAAUUUUCUCUUGUAAAUUGGGUCAUCAAGAUGAAUGCACACAGGCGUGUUCUAUUAAAUCUUAAUCUAGUUUAAAAACCUAAAGGAAACGUUGGCACUCACAGUAAAGCUUUAGAGCGAUUUUAUUCCCCUUGUGUUGUCGCUUGUACAGUGGGGUUAGAGGAUGCGGACGUACACAGAGAGGGUGGUCCUAAAUUAAAUUUAGCUUCAAUAAACAAAAUGCUGGUAUUUUAUAACAAGAAUAAUACUUUUUAAUAUUAGACUAUAUUCAUUUUCCAUUCAAGGCAAGUUUAACAAUGAAUUACAUAUAUGUGUCUAAAAUUAGGAUUUCAUAUAUACAGGGUAUUCACUAGAGUGUGAACUGCCGGGAAUGCAAACUAAAUUUCAAGUUUUAGGUCCAAAUAGUUAAACUGAUAACCAUUGUGGACUUGGAGAAUUUGUCCAACGUGGCUGUUUCGGACUAAAUACUAAAAUUCACUUUGAAUUCCUAACAUAAAUGUAUAACAAUCUUACAGGCAUUAUUAGGGUAAAGAUGCUGAUAUAAGUCGGUAAUUCACCUUUCCAUAAGGGAAUGUGUGAAACAGUGUAUGUAUUUACAGAAGAUCUCACCUACAUAUAUUUUGGCCAUGCUGCUUGUAUAUAGGUCAGAGGAAGACUUAAACUAUACAUGUCCGUACAACAUACUGGAUAAUACACAUCUGUAUAAACUACAUGUAACCUGGUGCAGUGUAACAACACGCAGUGUGCAUGCAUGGCUGCAUCAUGCACUGCCACAUACACAGCAAUCAGUGGGAUUAGAAUAACAGCUAUAAAUUAAAUUAUAAUGAACCCUAUUUAUAGAAUAUUUUCCCAGUAAUGGUAUCGCUUAUAUAGAGAGAGAAAAAAACCCAGAAAACACCAAAACAAAAUCUAGUCGAAUAUGAACAUGAUCAGAGCAUUUAAGCCAACUCAAGUACAGACAGCAGAUUCUCGAUCACACAUGUCAAUCAGAAGUCUGAAGCUGCUUACAUCUGCAAAAAUAGGGAUUGGAAGAGCCAAACGUUUUGAACAGCUAAUAAUUUCUUCUCAUUAUUCUAUCUCAGGGCUUGGGAAAUUUGUCUGGAAUCUAGGAGCCAGUUAAAAAAGUUAGGAGCCAGUAUUUUAUUUAUUUUUUUAAAAGGGCACUAUAGUCACCAGAACCACUACAGCGUAAUGUACAGUAUACAGCUAAAUGUAGUGGUUCUGGUGACUAUAGCCUAUCCCUGUAACCAGCGCGAAGGAGCAGAAAGGAGCCGCUGGAAGAUCACUGCUCCCUCUCACGCUGCCCCAUCCGACCGCCUUGAUGCUCCACUGAGCCGGCCGCCUAUAUCAAGCACAGGGCGGCCGGCUACAAUGCUCACUCAGCCGGCCACCUCCAUGAAGCCCAGGGCGGCCGGCUCCAACGCUCACUGAGCCGGCUGCCUACAUGCUCCCGCGGAUGGACGGCCGGCUCCAUUAUUUUCCCAGCCAAGUGUUUUACAUAAAAAGCUGACAAAUCCCAGGCGCCAGGGCAAAAUUUUUAGUCUAACAUUACCAGCUCUGUAAGUGAUGUCUUGCAUUACACAUACUGUUUGCGGUCUCCCUGGUACUCCAUUACACAGCUUUCUGUCAUGUAUCAGGACAGGCUUAGACUGAAUGUAUCUGAUCCAGAGUCUCAGACUGAACGAAUACAGCUGGAGGCCUAGACUGACCUCUGGCGAAAGGCCUCACUCUCAGCCCUAGAGAUGCUGCUUCAAUACUGACAGGAGGGAAAUGCAGAAGGCUCUUUACGUGGUUUGUUUCUUCCAUACCAGGACUGAUCCACCCAAUUGCUGCCCCUCUCAUCCCGGCUGUCAUGGUAACGGUUGCUGUAGAAAAGGGUACCAAAUAAGAGAUUAUGAGUCAAGAUGUCAGGCUCACACAGUAAGAGAAUCAUAGAAUGUAAAACCUCACAGUCUGAGUGAAGUGUUUAAAAAAAAAAAAUAUCUGAAGGCUCAACAGAGAACGAAUGACUAGUCUUGACAAAGCAAAUGCUGAAUGACUAAGGGCUGCCUGAGCGUUAAGGGGAAUGUGGUCCAUAGAGAUCUGCAGUGCCAUGGUUAGUCAUUGCUGUCUUUCUCAGACGAGAGAAGGAAAAUACACUAAUAGGAGUUACAUGGGGACACGUUCUGUAUAGGUCAGCAGAUUGAAUGGGACAGGUAAUAGCAGCGUGUCACAUUGUAUCUGUACAUUGCGGCUCUGACAUACAGUAUGUAUAGAUUGUCUCCUAGCCCACUCUGUGAAUGUGAUUUGUAUGUCAUUGUGUCUGUGGGGUUCUCUUGAAAUAAAGGUUUAUCUAGUUUUUUAAAACAA